AUGUUACAGAGAAGGCAUGGAAUUACUACCCAUACACAAUUACAGGUACGUUUUAAAGAACAGAGGGGAAGUGUUGUUUUAAGGUGAAGGUCAUGUUUGCCCUUGGGUGCAUUUGUCCUUUGAGGCUCCACAUCACAACAGGUACUAGAUUUUGAAAGGUUUGCCGGAAAUGCCAACUUCAGCUGCCAUAUCUUCUUUAUUUAAUUGCUAGAUCUGUCCCUUUGGAAAGCGGCAGGUAUGAAUGAGACAUCUCCAGGGCCUAAAUAGGGGCAUGUUGGUGGUAGUGGGAGACUAGGAGAACCCAUAUUAUUGCAGGACAAAAGUGGUGGGCUAGAACACCUUCCUAGGUAAGGGCUGCGCAUGUACCCUUCCCUUAGGACACUGGUGGACAUCCCUGGCACCCAAGGAUAAUGAACAGACACCUGCCUUCAGCUCACAAAGGGUGGGAGAAUUACAUUAGUUGCAGUGAAGUGAGUUGCAGCCAGCAGAAGGAACUGUUAAAUGGGGCGAGGCCAGGAGAACGUAACAACUUAAGAAAGGGCGUUGCUGGAUCAGACCAGUGGCCUAUCUAGUCCAGCAUCCUGUUCCCACAGUGGCCAACCAGAUGCCUAUGGAAAGCUCACAAGCAGGAUUUGAGCACAACAGCACUCUCCCCUCAUGUGGUGUCCAGCAGCUGGCAUUCAGAAGCAUUGCUGCCUCUAUUGUGGCUUGUCGCUGUUGAUAGAUUUAUCCUACUUUUAAAGUUAUCUAGGUUGGGACCAGUGUGGUGUAGUGGUUAAGAGCUGUAGUCUCGUAAUCUGGGGAACCGGGUUCGCGUCUCCGCUUCUCCACAUGCAGCUGCUGGGUGACCUUGGGCCAGUCACACUUCUUUGAAGUCUUUCAGCCCCACUCACCUCACAGAGUGUUUGUUGUGGGGGAGGAAGAGAAAGGAGAAUGUUAGCCGCUUUGAGACUUCUUAAAGGGAGUGAAAGGCGGGAUAUCAAAUCCAAACUCUUCUUCUCUUCUUCCUCCUGUGGGAGCAAGUUCCGUAAUUUAACUGUGCACCGUGUGCAGAAGCACUUUUUGAAACCAGCCCUGAAUCUUCCAACAUUCAGCAUCACUGGAUGCCCACUGGAGUUAUAAUGUUAUGAGCAAGGAAGGAAAUUUUUCCUCGGUGCAUUUUGUCCAUGCCAUACAUGAUUUUAUAUGCUCCUAUCAUGUUGACUCUUAUUUGCCUUUUCUCUAAACUAAAAUUUCCCAAAUGCCCUCAAGCCAUGAUGCUCAUCUUCCUGGGUUCUCACUAACCAUUUUCCCGGGGAUGCUAAGUGGAAUGGCACUUGGGAGGCUGCCAGGAUAUUACCAGAGCUUGCCAACUGUAGCCCUGGAGUUUCCUUAGGAUCACACAAGGGAAGGGACCAUAGCUCAGGGUGUGGAGUGCAUACCUUUGCAGGUAAACCGUCCCAGAUUCAAACCCUGGCACCUCCAGUUAUACCCACUCACCCUUCAGGGUGAUUGGAGAAGCCAGUGCCUGGGACCCCAGAAAGUGGCUACUCAGGAUCCAAGGGUCAGCAAACUUUUUCAGCAGGGGGCCGGUCCACUGUCCCUCAGACCUUGUGGGGGGCCAGACUAUAUUUGGGGGGGGGGGAAUGAACGAAUUCCUAUGCCCCACAAAUAACCCAGAGAUGCAUUUUAAAUAAAAGGACACAUUCUACUCAUGUAAAAACACACUGAUUCCUGGACCGUCCGUGGGCUGGAUUUAGAAGGCGAUUGGGCCAGAUUCGGUCCCCGGGCCUUAGUUUACCUAUCCAUGGGAUAGACCUACAUUGGCUCCAGGUAUGCUUCUGAGCACAAUUCGAAGUGUUGGUGUUUUAAAGCCCUAAACGGCCUUAGCCCAGUAUACCUGAAGGAGCGUCUCCACCCCCUUCGUUCAGCCCAUACACUGAGGUCCAGCUCUCGAGAGCCUUCUGGCAGUUCUCUCACUGUGAGAAGUGAGGUUACAGGGAACCAGACAGAGGGCUUUCUCGGUAGUGGCCCCUGCCCUGUGGAACGCCCUCCCAUCAAAUGUCAAGGAAAUAAACAACUAUCUGACUUUUAGAAGACAUCUGAAGGCAGCCCUGUUUAGGGAGGUUUUUAGUGUUUGAUGUUGUCCCUUUUUUAUUAUUAAUAUUCUGCUGGGAGCCUCUCAGAGUGGCUGGGGAAACCCAGCCAGAUGCACGGGGUAUUCAUCAUCAUUAUUGACAAGAUAAGCAAAUAGGCAGACCCUGGUGUAAGGCAGCUUCUUUAUGUUUCUCUCUAUCUCUGUUGGUUCCUUAGAGCCGUCAGGGAGGAUAGUUCUCGGGAGGUUUCUGUUGUGUCCCAAGAGCUGUUGAGUCUUCAUGCCCAUACAAAGUCUGACCCCUGCUAUUGCUGCCAAAGGAAGUGCCAAGUGUGAGGGGGAAAUAGGAUUCAGAGACAGUGCACCCUUCCCCCAACAAUUGCUUUGGCAUAUUUUUGCUGAAGCCAGCCAAUUUCUCCUCCCACAGUUAUUGCUUGGGGGACAAACUUUCCUUCACCUCCGCAGUAUCUGCUGAGAGUAGGAGGUGGGGGCAUGAAUUGAGGGUGAGAGCUCAAUGUGCUGACUUGCAGGAAAUGCAUUUAUUUUCAAAAGGUUUAUCUGCACAAAACCAAAUCAUCUGCCAGAUACAAAUGUAAUUCCGGUAAUUAAAUGUGGGUACGGAAUGGUGAUUUAAGCCCUCUGAGGAGUGUGCCUAACCUAAAUUGUAUUCCUCUGUAAGGACAGUAUUUGACCUUAUAGGAAUACGUUAUGAAAUCAGCAUCUAAUCUGUCAGGGCAGCUUCAAUCUGUUUUGUGGUUUUUUUCCUGAAAUUGACCUCACUGGAGUCCUAUUUAUAAACUGAAUCAGAAACUGGAAUAUCCCGGUAGUAUUGAGAAAGAGCUAGGAUAUCUAAGACAAAAUAAAAGCAAGGCAUUCCCCUGACUUCCGCUACAAACAGGCUGUAGAAUGCUUAUCCGUUUUCUAUUCAUGUAUGCAGGUGAUGAGUUUACCACCUGUCUCCUUGGGGUGCCUUAACAGCUCUUGGAUGGGAUGAUAGGGAGAGCAAAAUUAUGCAAAAAUAUCUGCUGCCCUGGUGCUCCAGGAAUCAAACUUCCACGUUCACCAGCGAUGAAACAAUUAGAAAUACAGUCUUUCUGCACUGUUCCCAUAUAAUCCACAGGAAAUGUAAUAUGCAUGUCAGCACAAUGAUUAAUGUAUUUUUACAUUUUAAUAAAGCAACAUGAACAAUAAAAUAAUUAUGGCAUUAUUCUUUCCCCCCCUUUCUCCUCUUCCUAUUGGGCAAAUUUGGAUCAGAAUACACGGUAAGUUUUGCUUACUUUUUGUCAUGUUAAUUAAGUCUCGGAAAGGUUUUAGUAAAGCAUAGUAAUGGGGUCUUACAUAGUGGUAAUAUUGCUCAAUAGAAGAUGGAUCCUCUUUUAUAUAACUAGGGAAGGAUAUUGCAGCUAAUAUUAGCAGGGCCUCAUCAAUUAUUUAACUUAAUAUUAUGUUAAUUUCAGAAGCUUGAUAUAUUUUGAUACCCAGUAGUUCUAAUUGAAAUGAAACCUCUAUAAAAAUAAGAAAAGGACAAGGCCUUUAAAGUGCCGGUUAUUGCUGGUAGUCAAGAGACAGAUUUUAUUUUAUCUUUUAUUAACUCAUAAAAUGGUCAUCUAUCUGGAUACAGUGUCUGGGAAAACUCUUCAUUCUGCAAGGAAAAUUAAACAAAUCUGGGCUCAGUGCCCAGAAAGGAAAAAAGGAACUGAAUAAAAGAAUGAGAGACACAAAAGGCACCAAUACACCUACAGGUGCACUGAUUCUAUGAUUCAAUUUGGAACAGAAGAACCUUCUAAUCUUUCCUCUUUCGACCGCAAUGCAAAAAUUGUAGAGGUGUUAUUCUGCAAUCCAGUUCCUUACCCUAUAGCCGUUUGAAGAAUAAGCAAAGCAAAGGAUAAGAACAAGCAAUAGUUUGAUGAAAUGAGAAAGGGCUGGGAUGGGCCUUUGCUAAAUUCAUCAAGUGAUCAAACGGAAGCAGAACCCAACUGUUUCUGGACUACAUAGGCUAUGCCUCACUGUGAACCUGCCCACUCCUUGAGAUUAUUUGGUGGAUGGAGAGGUAGCUUUACAUAGUUUAGUUACCACGUGGCAUAAUAUAUAGUUGCAUCUUGGUGGAGUCAGUCACUAGGCAGACUGUAUUUAGUUAUUUCUGGGUAGAGUCAGGAGCUUUCUGUUACUGUUUCUGUCUGUGUUUAAGAGAGACAAUAAAUUCUUGUCUAGGUUGCUGUCUACUGCAUCAUCUAAGCCUUCCAUGAUAAGUUGGCAGGCACAGAGGACACCAGAAGAAGUCUCAGCCUCACUGGGUAGUCUCAGCCUCUUUAUUUGUAGUAUUUAUUGCCAGGGAGAGCUCCAUAAACCCUCACUCUCGGUAACCUUGGCAACUGUUUGAAGGCUGUUGCAGAACACUGGAGCUCAUGUCAUAAGGCGUGAGGAGCACAUUGUCCAGCCAACUCCAAGGAUCUGUACCUUCAGAUUACACUCCAAAGUCUUGCCCAGCAGCCUUCAGAUUAUUCCAUUUACCUUAGAAAAUGUGCCUCCGAGCAACUAUUAGGAUCAAAGAGACUUUUUAAAAUUAGUACCACCUGUAUAACAUGCAGGCACUACUGGGUUCAAAUUCCAAGGGUGAAUAAAGAGGCUGUGUUGGUGCUUAUUCUACGGUUAUCCAGCUUCCUUUCUCACAAAAAAAAAAAGCAGGCCUGGAAAUGUCCUAAAGGUAAAGGUAAAGGGACCCCUGACAAUUAGGUCCAGUCGUGACCGACUCUGGGGUUGCGGCACUCAUCUCGCUUUCUUGGCCAAGGGAGCCAGCGUACAGCUUCCAGGUCUUGUGGCCAGCAUGACUAAGCCGCUUCUGACGAACCAGAGCAGUGCAUGGAAAUGCCGUUUACCUUCCCGCCGGAGCGGUACCUAUUUAUCUACUUGCACUUUGACAUGCUUUCGAACUGCUAGGUUGGCAGGAGCUGGGACCAAGCAAUGGAAGCUCACCCCGUUGUGGGGAUUCGAACCGCCCACCUUCUGAUUGGCAAGUCCUAGGCUCUGUGGUUUAACCCACAGCGCCACCCACGUCCUGGAAAUGUCCUAGUAGUUGUAUAACUCCCCAGCCUACUCGCUUGUGGACUCUCUUAGCUGACCAUACAUUGCUGUUUUUAUUUUGUACAUAAAGGGCUUUGAGAUCCUAAUCGUUAUUUUAGAUUGACUCUUAACCUAAUGCUAUGUAAUAUAUUAUAACGGGGAACGAGUCCGAUUCUCGGAAAUAUGGUAUUCAGUGGAAUCUUCUUGGGAUGGAAGAUAGCAGGGCAGAGAGAGAGAUGGUGCUAUAGAUAAUGCCAUAUAUCCUGAAAUCCAAUUGCCUUUCUGGAGAAGGGAAAACGUGUUACAAUGGAGCCGUUAAAUAUCUUGACAACUUGCCUCAUUUCGAGAGAAACUGAUAGCAAAUCUAAGGUGUUGAAAGGAGAUAGUGUUGAACCUGCUCGUCUAUGCUUCGAAACUACAUCUCUGAAUUAUUACAGAGUUUGACUCCGCAGCUCAUAACAGGUAGCUGAGUGACUUGAUUCUGUAGGCAGUGUUCAUAAAGUGCAUCAGUGGGCAAAAGGCUUGAAAAAGGCAUACCAAUUGAAAUCAUGAUGGUGUUUUGCCUGCCAAUUAGAAGGUACAGCGAUCCUCUUGCUGUUCUGACUUCGUUUCGCUGGAGAAGUGCUGCGAAGAGAGGGAAAGCUGCGCAGCACCCCUUCAGCGAAGCAGGAGGAGAAAUGGAGCCCCUUCCGUUUCUCCUCCCGCUUUGCUGGAAAGGCGCUACGCAGAUUCAGAAUAUUUUUUUUCUUGUUUUCCUCCUCUAAAACUAGGUGCGUCUUAUGGUCGGGUGUGUCUUAUAGAGCGAAAAAUACAGUAUUUUAUGGUGAUUUUCCUUCUAAAUAAUAAUAUAGUUAGCUUUGAGACAAGGGACACCUCUGAUUGAUCAGAAACUGUUCAGGGGACAGGGGCAGAAGGAGCAGCAAAAGUGUUCCAUGUCCAAAAGAAUAUUAGACUACUUUCAGUGUACCUAACUGCUUUAUAGUGACUCAGGUUAUUGGUCCGUCUAUCUCAGCAUUGGCUACACUUAACAUUGUUCUCCAAUCUUGCUACCUGAGAUGGUGUAAUUGGAAAUCAUAGAAUCAUAGAAUCAUAGAGUUGGAAGAGACCACAAGGGCCAUCGAGUCCAACCCCCUGCCAAGCAGGAAACACCAUCAGAGCACUCCUGACAUAUGGUUGUCAAGCCUCUGCUUAAAGACCUCCAAAGAAGGAGACUCCACCACACUCCUUGGCAGCAAAUUCUACUGUUGAACAGCUCUUACUGUCAGGAAGUUCUUCCUAAUGUUUAGGUGGAAUCUUCUUUCUUGUAGUUUGGAUCCAUUGCUCCGUGUCCGCUUCUCUGGAGCAGCAGAAAACAACCUUUCUCCCUCCUCUGUGUGACAUCCUUUUAUAUAUUUGAACAUGGCUAUCAUAUCACCCCUUAACCUCCUCUUCUCCAGGCUAAACAUGCCCAGCUCCAGGGCAUGCCAGGGAAAUUCCAGGGAUUCAAAUGGAAACCAUGAAACAAGUUUCCCUUGGCCCGAAUAACUCUCCCCUCCCCAAGACUCCGGUCUGCUUUCUGAUUCUUGUUGGGUUGGUAAGCCUAUUCCUACUGUCUUUUAAACCGGGGGGGGGUGGGGGGUGAGUACAGCUGCCUGCGCAUAUGGUUCACCCCAGGAUUGAGGACAGUGCACUGUGUUAUCUUGUAUAUUAACCAUCUGCAAUUGAUUGGAUUUUGGCAGUAAUCAGAAUAUAUUUUCUGCACAGUGACUUGCUUUCACUCAGCAUGAAUAAUGAUCGGGAUGAAAAAGAAAGGUUUAAAAGGAAUUGGGUUAGCUAGUUUCGGCUAUUGUUUAGUUUGCAGGCUAAAGACCUCUCUUUUGGCUUCGUCGUCUGUGCAACGGACGGUAACUUCAAAACUUUUAUUUAGGGUACUUCAGUAAUGCUAGGAAGAGGCCUACCAUGUGAUGUCAUUAAUCCUUUGCCGUAAGAGCCACAGAAAUGUGAGAAAUUUUUCAUUCGACGCACACAAUGUUGAGUGGGUAGUUAAUUCGUGAAUUCUAUCCAGAGGCUCAGAACAUCAUGGAAAAAUGCCUGUCUAUUACAUCUGCCUUUGAUUGUGAAACAUCUGGAGUGGCUGUAUCAUAAAUUCCACACUCCAUCAGUCACCAACCAGAGGCUUCCAAGCUUAGUUUAAAGUGCAGUGUUGAAAAGACUGAGAUAUAUGCAAUGACAAAUAUCAAACUCAGCAUCUCUUGGCUGGCCAUGUCUCAGUAAAUGGUAUAUGUUAGCUUGCUUUCCUGAGGGCUAAAGCUUACUCAUUUCUUACUUUGCUGUUAAAGAAACCAGCCACUUCAUUGCCUUCCUCAGAAAUAGCACUUCCUGAUAAACUAGGUUACUAUGCCACAUUGAACAUUUCAGGAUUACCCAAGUUGCAUUUUAAUUAUUUACUUACACCUGUUGUAACUAUUCUGCCAACAUUAAUGGCAGCAACAAGGGUUGGGAUGCUCUCAACUUCCAGAAACUUGCUAUUUUAAAUUAGGAAAACCCUUUGGAGACUAUUAUUCACUUGCUGUGCUGGUCCCGUGAGUUACUUGAGAGGCGAGGUCCAAGUCCGGUCCAUGGUCAAAGACGCAACAUGGAGGCAGUCCGCACUAGCUGAAGCUGGGUGCAGGGCAAGGAGUCGGGUGAAGUCAGGAACAGACAUGCGAGCAGGGAACCAGGGCGGGUCAGGAGCUCAGGCAGGAAAGCAGGACAGGGUUCAGGCAGGAACUAUCAACCAACAGUGUUGUUCCCGCAACUUGGGACUGGGGCUGGCUGGUUUUUAUCUGCCCCGAGGCAUAGGGUGGCCCCAAUCCUCUGGUGACUCGCCUCUCCUGGCCUGGAGGCGAGCACUCCUUCUGCAGGAACUUAGUUCCCUCCGCCUCUCUGCCCUGAGCCUCUGCAGCUCAGGAGAGGUGGAAUGGUUACCAGACCCAGAGGCAACCUCAGCUUCCUCUGACGGGGCUGAGAGUGGAGCACCUGCAGGCAAUGGGUCCUCAAUCACCUCAGGAGCCAGAGCAGAUUCAGCUGACGCCUGCACCUGAGGAUCCAGGACAGGUGAGGACCCUUCGGGCUCAUGCCCCAGCCCCAGCUCAGCUGGUUCUGGAGGCGGGGAAUCCUGUGCAGGCUGGGAUCCCUCAGGUUCAGCAUCUGAGUCUGAAUCCCAGGCCAUCACACCUGCCUACCAAGAUGCAGUCUAGGUAGCAAAAAUUGCGUUUACUCUGAAGCCAAACCAAAUUGCAUAUUGAUUUUUACAUAGUGCUAAAGGUGCAUCACAUUAAAAAAAAUGCCAUUCCUGCUGUCACCCCAAAGUAUUAUGCCAAUGUUUGAUCGGUGAGGCUGCUGUUGACUUAAUGUUAGUGAAAUAAUAAGAAUCCAGGGGAAGAGAAUGCAUAUCGUGCCUGUGGUGUCAGGACCAGCAUGCAGUGUCCACUGGCUUUCCAAAUAGACACUCAUUGCACACACUUGAACCAAGUAUUGGUUGCUCCACUCCAAGCUUCCUUGGAUGAUAUUGAUAGCUCGGGUCCUUUUUCAGUCUGGUCCAGUUUAGUGACUGAAAGAGCUUUGGUUGCCUUGGUAAGUGAUCUAUACUUGGAACUGGUUGGCUUUCAAUACCAUUGACCAUGGUACCUUUCUGGAGCUUCUUGCAGGGACAGGACUUGGGAGUACAUUUAUACAGUGGCUCCAGUUUUACAUUUGACUUAUGGCAGAUGCAGGCAGCAUGAUGCCCUCAAGAUUCUGUUUGACUACAACUCCCACCAUCCUGCUGGCUGGGCCAAUGGAAGUUAUAAUGCAAAUAAAAUUGGGAGGGUGUUGGCUACUCCUAAUUCAUGUGGAGUUCCAUCUUGUCCCUGGUGCUGUUUGACAUCUUAAUGAGAUUGUCAGGGGAUGUCUGGAGUUAGGCAUCAUCGACCUGAACAUAAAUAUCAGUCUUUUCUUCUAAUACCAAGGAAGCUCUAGGGGGCUCCUGAAUUGUUGUCUGGAUGCAAUGAUGGGGUGGAUGUGGGCUUAUGAGGCAAGGCUUAAUCUAGACAAAACAGGAGUGAUUUUGAUCAGUAGGAGAGUGGCUGAGGGCAGUAUUGGAUGGGUGGCAUUCCCCAUGAAGGAUCCAGUCUGCAGCUUGGAAGCACUCCUGGCACACCAUUUUACUCCUAGAGGACAAGGUGAUAGUUGUGGCCAGGCAUGCCUUUUCUCAGCUUGAGCUUGUGCAGAAUCUGUGCCCUUUCCUAGACCAUGCAGAUAUGGCCACUGUCCUUUGCACCUUGACUGCAUCCAGACUGGACUACUGCUGUACACUCCAAAUAGGGUGGUUGUUGUUGUUGUUGUUGUUGUUGUUGUUGUAAGUUUUAUUUCUAUACCACUUUUUAUUUUAAAGGAAAAAAAUCUCACAGCUGUUUGUUGUUGUUGUUUAGUCGUGUCCAACUCUUCGUGACCCCAUGGACCAGAGCACACCAGGCACUCCUGUCUUCCACUGCCUCCCACAGUUUGGUCACACUCAUGCUGGUAGCUUCGAGAACACUAACCAACCAUCUUGUCCUCUGUCGUCCCCUUCUCCUUGUGCCCUCCAUCUUUCCCAACAUCAGGGUCUUUUCCAGGGAGUCUUCUCUUCUCAUGAGGUGGCCAAAGUAUUGGAGUCUCAGCUUCAGGAUCUGUCCUUCCAGUGAGCACUCAGGGCUGAUUUCCUUAAGAAUGGAUAGGUUUGAUCUUCUUGCAGCUGUUUGCAGCACAUUAAACCAUCAAAUAAAACAACCCAGAACAAAACAAAUUCAAGGUUCCAGAAAAUAUUUCAGAUCCUUCUCUAAGUGACAAUUUGCUUUCUCCCUAUUCAUUUACCUACUUAAUUUAAAUAGAUGCCCUACAGCAGAAGUACUCCAGGUGGUGUAGUGUUUAGAGUGUUCGACUAGGACCCGGGAGAUCAGGGUUCAAAUCCCCCACUCAGUCACGAAACUCACUGGGUGACCUUAGGCCAGUCACAGCCUCUUAACCUACCCCACAGAGUCAUUGCAGGGUGAACCAUAGAAUCUGAAGAGUUGGAAGGAACCCAAGGUUCAUCUAGUCCACCCCCCCUGCAAAGCAGGAAUCUCAACUAAAGCAUCCAUGAUCAUGUACCCCUAAGAGAAAAAGUUGCGAUAUAAAGGUGAUAAAUAAGCUUUCGGAGAGGGUUUGGAACUCCACUUGGUGCAAAAUAGACCAGCCAGAUUAGCUUCUCAUUUUCAGUUCUCAGAACAUAUCACAUCAGAACUUUUUCAUGUACACCAGCCUCCUAUUUGUUUCAGGACACCUAUAAAACCCUAAAUGGCUUGGCACCAAGUUGUCCAAAGAACCAUUUCCUCUCUCGUGAACCUGUUUGUUCACCUCUUUCAACACCUGGCCUCUACUUUACAUCCUGCCACCUUUGGAGGUGUGUGUGCAGUAGCUGCACUUCCAAGGAGAAGCUCUCUCCUGAGAUAACCUUAGUCAGCCCUUCUUCUCAUUAAGGAAGGCAGUAAAGAUUUCUUCUUUUCUCCUGCGCCUUUAGCGUCCUUCAAUGGUGAUGUAUUUUUAAACUGACCCACUUGCUUUAUGUGCUUUUCAUGCUGCUGUUUUACCAGUUUAAUGGAUACAUUUGCUUCCCACGCACCCAGACGUAUUUCAUUAUUUCUGUGUUUAGUCCGGAGACCGCUUUGGGUGCCAUUUUGGAGGCCAAAAUAUGUGGGUAGAAAUUUUCUAAAUCCAUAAAUAUGAGGCCCUGACAGCAUGCUUGCAGGCAGUCGCGGCAAACAAUGCAGGAAUGGCAGCAGCAGCAACCGGCACCAGCUGCAGCCUCCUUCUCCUGUCAGUGGUUUCAAGGACUCAGCUCUGUCUUACAUUGAGCUAAAGGUGUUUUGGUGCCAUUGUCAACGAAAGUACUUGAAGUGCAUUCCAGAAGUGUGUGAGUUGGCAGAACGCUAGACAGAUUUUAAAAUUUUAUUUAACUUAAUUAAAAUGCAUAUCAUGUUGGACAGUUAUUUGGGAUGACACAACUCAUAAGGUCAGCCAUAAAUCCAUGAAUAUUUUACCAUAUUUAAGAUCAAAUCACUGCUGGCAAGAUUAGGUUCUAAUGACUAUUAUUAUUAUGUAUUCCAAACAGCCCUUCAAUCAAGGAUCACAGAGCAGUCUACAAUAGAAAAGCACAAAAAUACAUAGCAUAGUAACAAACAAAAACAAAAGGCCAUAUAGAUUUUAAAAUUAACCAUAAGCCCGGGAGAAGAGGAACGUUUUUGCCUGGCGCCUAAAAAUAAGUAACAAAGGCACCAGGCGAGCCAUCCUAGGGAGAGCAUUCCACAAGUGGGGAGUCACCGCACAAAAGGCUCAUUCUCAUGUUGCCGCCCUCUGGACCUCUCAUGGAGGAGACACACAACGAAGGGCCUCAGAUUAUGAUCGCAGGGUCUGGGUCAGUUCAUGUGGAGAGAGGCAGUCCCUUGAGGGAUAUAGGGACUACAAACUGAUAUGAGCAAAAUACUUGGGCCAGGAUGAAAUUUGGGUAGCUCAGACAGCUCAUCAAAGCCGACACCACCAAAUCCUAUAGCCGAAGAGCACAAUAGGGUAAGAUAGCCCAGGGAGCCAACAAGAAGACAGAUAUGAGAAACACAAGACAGCAGGGAAGCAAUUGGGGAGGUUGGGGGGAGGAACAACCUGGAACAGACACAGGCAGCCUAAUGAUUUCCUUCUCUAAAGAGUCACCAGACUGAGAGAGUUUACCAGUGACCAGGAAUGGCUCAUCUAGAUCACAUCAUCAUCAUCAUCAUCAUCAUCGUUUGCCAUGUGGUGCUUGUAAUCUAGCUUGAAAUUCCUGCCAUGCCUCCUCCUCCUAGUAGACAUAGACAUGGUAGUUCAUGGAUUAAAGGAUUGGUGCCACACAAGUGAACAAGAAGCGACUAAUUGCAGGGCCAGAAGCCCCUUUUAAAAACCCAGAAAGCUACUAAUUAAAGGGACAUAGUGUGUUCUCAACUAAAUUGUGUGUGCGAGAUUCGCUCACCAAUGUGACUUUCCUCUGGUCUCUUCCCCCUUUCUCACCCUAGGUUGGAGGGAAAUCCAGAAAAGGUUUAGAGGAAACAUGGGGAGGGAGGGAAAAUUCCGUUGCGUGAGGAGACCUUUUUCCAUGCACACAUACACGACUUUUCAGCAUGUUGAAUUCCACCCAGUGUUCCUGAAAAACUUCAGUACUACUCUGUCAGUCCACGCUGGACAAGUUAUUUGCUGCCACAUAUUUUAAAGACCAAAAUCCCUGCUAUAAAUCAGCUGAGAAAAAGCACACAACUACAUAGGAAACCCUGGAAUGCAACUCAAUCUAGGUUUUCCAUUAAAAAAGGAGUCAAUUAAUUAUGUCAAUUAUGGAGAAAACAGCUAGUACAAAAUCUUGACCACUCUAUUUUUAUACAAAUGUUCCUUUCCUGCCCUGGAAAAGAGCUGGAUUCAGUUUUGAACAGGCCUGAAAUAGUUUCCAGUGAUUCAGAAUUAAUCUUUCUAAUGACAAAGCAAUGAGAAUUUUUUAUUUGAAGUUUCUGCAAAAGGUUCCCAUUGGAAGAUUGUUUUCCUUGGUUGUGAACCACAGGUUCUGGUUAUAUGAAAAAAGGAGAGAAGCGCCAUUAUCUUGUUUGAUCUCCAAUAUUUUUACUUCAGGACAUUGUAAUCCCUUCAUCCACUUCACAUGCAAUUUCAGUGGAAAGAUUGCUAUUAUAGCAGCAACCCAUAGGCUGGCUGAAAAAUGCCAUGUGUUUUGUAUUCUGUUCCCUUAAUUCUUUGGCACUUGUCUUGGCUUACUUAUAUUAUACUGUGUUCUUGCAGUUGCUUCUCAUUGCUAUGACAACACUAAUCAAUCAUCACACUAAAAAUAGACUCUAUUCUUUAUUUUAUUUUUUAAAGAAGGUGCCUGUGGUGAAUUGAAAAAUACAACUGUGGCUCUGCCUUUUCAAUAUUCUGUUUUCUCCUCUCCUUCCACUCAGGGAAUACUGCUAUGUUUUGGCAAUUAAACCAGUUCUCUUCUGCAGUAAUACCCUCCUUUGUUGCGCAGAUGAAAAUAUGGACACUUGUCUACUUGUGACACCUCUGUCCUCGUGUCAGAGAUUGCUGCCUAAAUGCCUGUUCUCUCUUAUGCAUUGCUGAAAGGUCUUCUCUACUAGCUUUGUGUGGAUAGGCAACUAUGGGAUGGGCAGGGUGGGAAUGUCAGAAUGCUGCUACUGGCUAUUUCUGUGCUGGUCCCGGGGCGAAGGUUACCGUUGGCGUGGUCAAAGUCCAGUCCUGGGUCACGAGUCUGGAAACAGUUCACAAAGAGCGAGGCGGGGUCUGAAGCAGGAACCCGGGCGGGGACGGGAACUCUGGAAGGACAGGUCUGGGUCCGGGCAGAAGCAGGUAUUCAACGACGUUGCUCCCGCAACCUGGGACCGGGCUGACUGGCCUUUAUCUUCUCUGAGGCCAGGAGCGGUCCCGACCCCCAGGAGACCCGCCUCUCCUGGCCUUGAGGCGAGCACUCCUCCUGGGAGAAACCAGUUCCCUCCGCCUCUCUGCCCUGAGCCUCUGCAGCUCAGGAGAGGCUGGAGGGUUACUGGACCCAGGGGGAGACUCACCUUCCCCUGACAGGGCUGGGAGAGGCGCACCUGUAGGCACUGUGUCCUCAAUCACCUCCUGAGCCAGAGUGGAAUCACCUGGUGCCUGCUCCUGAGGAUCCGGCACAGGUGCAGGCGCUUCAGAUCCAAGGCCCUGCCCCAGCUCAGCCGGCCCUGGAGGUGGGGACUUCUGUGCAGGCUGGGGUUCCUCCAGUUCAGCCUCUGAAUCGGAUUCCCAGGCCAUCACAAUUUCCCAGGAAAGUAUAAAAACAAGAGAUUUCUUACCAUCCUUUUUUUUAUUCAGUAUUUACAGAGGGAGGCUAUAAAACUCAACCUCUUGGAUAAUGGUGUUGUCCCAAGUGAAUCUCCACCCCCCUUCUAUCCCACUUCCUCAUUCGUCAUUUCUAUGGGUGCUGCUAUGUGCCCUCUGUCUUUGAGCUCUUUGCUCUCCUACUUUCAAGACUCGCCGGGUUCUGGGAGAUGGAGGGUCUAGAAUGCUUUCUAAUGACAACGUGUCAGCUGGGUGUUGCUCUGGCUCUCCCAUGAUUUCCCAACUUUCCCCCUCAUCUGCCUCUGAGCUGCGACCUCCCUCAAACCCCUGUUGUAAAUCUAUACUGUCUUCCUUUUCCUGCUCCCUGGGCGGGUCAGGCUGAGGAGGCGGUCUCCACCUUUCCUCCUCUGCCCAGUCCCUGAUAGGGAGGGAAGCAGGGCACUGACAUUUGCUGUCCAUGUGUAGUAUACCUUUGCAUUCAUGUGCCACUAGAGUUGAAGUAUAUUUGCUCUCAUGGCACUUGGAGAUUUAACAUGAGACCUGUAACUUUAGGGAACAUGUAUACACUGCCAUAUAUUUUUUUAAACUCAAGAAGCAAAUUUUUAAAAGGACAAAAAUCAAGUGUCUUGAAUCCUAACUAGCCUUCCAUGAACAAAAGGGCUAUUUCCAUUUUCAGAGAAUGCUAGGGAUUCAUCCAUACUGUUGUCUAUUGUGGGCAGUAAGCUUCCUGUACCUCCAUUAAUUCUCUGUUAUUCAUAUUGCUUUCUCCAAAACACAGAUCCACACGUGCAAAAGCCAGAUACUGCGCACAACUGUGCACAAGAAUCUCUGCACACCCACAUAUGAAACAUUGUUGAUUCUGAGUUACAAGAGGCUCAAAUUAUAGUAAGCUCAGAAGCAGGAGCAAGUUCAAAACAAAAAUUGCCUUAAAGGAAUUGAGUGUUCAGUUGCUUUUGCAUCUAGUUUUCUCAAUGAUUUAGUAGACUGGAGCCUUAUGACCAAUUGAAAAGCUAGUUGUUGCCUACAUAAUAUUGCAAGCCUUUACAAUCCAUUAAGAUUUUAUGGUUUCAGAUUAUUUUCUUCCUUUUAAAGAAACACCUGGCAACCCCUAGAAAUGCUGAAAUGGGAAAUUAGAAAAUUCACCCUGUGUAUUCCUGUUUGUGCCAUGUGUAAACAUAAAUUACCAGAUUUCUGCUGGAAGGAAUAUAUGCUUGAGUGGGGUGGGAAGAGAGAAAGAAUGAUAUCUUAAAAUGCAAUACACUUGCAAACAUAAUUUCCUGUGGCCUAUGUGGCCUAGGACCCGCAUACCUACAGGACCGUCUCUCCUGGUAUGCCCUGCGGAGGACCUUAUGGUCCACAAAUGACAACAAAUUGGAGGUCCCAAUUCGCAAGGUGGUUAGAUUGGUCUCAACUAGGGCCAGGGCCUUUUCAGUACUGGCCCGGACUUGGUGGAACACUCUGUCACAAGAGACAAGGGCCCUGCGGGACUUGACAUCUUUCUGCAGAGCCUGCAAGACAGAGCUGUUCCGCCUGGUCUUUGGUUUGGACUCAGUCUGACCCUUAUGUUUCCCUCCCCUUAUGGUUUUGAUCUAUGGGCUACUUUUAAAAUGAGGCUGCAUUUUAAAUUGUAUUUUAACCUGUAUUUUAAAUUGGUCCCCCCCCCAUUAUGUUUUUAUUGUAAUUUUACUGAUGUUAGCUGCCCUGAGCCCGGCUCUGGCCAGGGAGGGUGGGGUAUAAAUAAAAUUUAUUAUUCUUAUUAUUCUUCUUCUUAUCAUCAUCAUCUCACAUCUAAUUUUAAUUCUCUCAUAAGUGAAUAUGCUUUCACUUAAAAGGAAAAAAAUGUACUUUGUCUGUAAUGAAUGGACCUCUCUGCGUGAUGCAUAAACAGUUCCCUGGCUCUGUUGAAGCACAAUGUCAAUUAUUGAGGGCAUGCAAUGAAUCUCAAAACAUAUUCUGUGACUUGUAGUGCAAUCUAGAUUCAGACCAGUGCUGUUGAAAGCUGAUGAGGCUCAGUCAGUAAAGAUUGUGGGGAAAGGAGGGUGACCAUUGGUGAUUAAAAAGGGAAAAUGUGAGGUGUUAGAAAGGCUUUUCAGAGUGUGACAUUCUGAAUAGAUGUUCCCUGAGACCUUCUGAUCUUAAAUAAGCUGAGAUCAGAAGCUUAAGUAUUUUCAGACUGAUUCAUGAUCCUAAAAUGUGGCUUAAUCUGACAAGAGUUCCAAUUUUUUCCAUUGCUAGUUAUUGUUUUUAGCAAGAAUUGCUAGCUUUAUUUUUCAAAAUGGACUGUUUCAAAUUUUCUCUUUCUUCCUGCCUUUUUUUUUAAAAAAAAACAUCUUUUUCAAAGGAUUCUGAACAGGUUGGUCCAAAAGCUCUUGAUGCACAAGAUGGAAACUAGUGAAUUCAUUUCUGGCAUUCGCAAAAUAAAACUGCUAGGUUGUAAUGUACAUAUGAACUGGAGAGUUAUAAAUGGCUACAGUUCUGAUUCUGAUUUUCUUUUCUCUGCAGUGUUCAUUUUUACCUAAAUUCUCCAUUCACAUAGAGACAAAAUAUGAGGACAACAAAGGAAGCAAUGAUAACGUAAGUGAUACCUCUUCUUCAAGAUCCAACAUGUACUAUCUGUAAAGGCUUUCAUUAGCACACUCAGCAAGGUUCUCCCUUACAAUCUUCAGAGCUUUUCUGUAUCUAACUUGACUCCAAAAAAAGCAGACUUUCUGUUUUGUAUGUAGAGAUUCUUAGCUCCUUUCCUUCUACUCCCUACUUCUUUUUAGUUUGGUGGAAGGUAAUGUGAACAGAGAGCAUUCAUUGUUCACGGCGCACAGUGCCAUUGUUGGGCUAUUGAUGUGCAUUUUCUAAGGAAACUCGUACCUGUUACUGAGAUGUAUGCUAGCCUUCGGACUUGUGGAACCCUUGAGUGUCCAGGGAAGUGACAGGAUCUUAAAAGGGAAGGGAUCCUCUUAAGGAAAAACAGCAAGGAGAGUUAAUCAAAUAGAAUGCAACCAGCAGCCACUGUUGAUGAAUUGGCCUAUCGUAGUUAAACAAGAUGAUAAAUGCUUUUCUAUGGCACUCAACUGAAAUAUCGUGUAGAUAAAUGGAUUGUAUUGAAUUUUAUAUACAGUAUAAAGAAUCCAACAUAAAGGAACACUGCUCUGCCUUGAGUCUUCAGGGUUUGGCACUGCUGAAUAGUCUCAAAGUGUGCCUUUUUGCUGAGUACCCUGCAGAGGACUAGCUAUAGAUGGUGUGGGUCCCCUCUCAAACCCUCAGAGGCAUGACCUUCAGAGUCUGGUGGUUAUUUGUGCUCUUCAGACAAGUUAUUUGUCAAAUUCUACUUCAGACUCUUAAGUCUGGUGGGUUUGGGGGCUGUGAAGCCGAAGGUUUUAUAUGUAGCUCCAAAUGCAUCAACUGAGCUAAAUGGACCAGUACAAAGCAGCUUGGGGGGUUGUAUUGCUUGUGUUGGUGCAUUGUGACAAAAACAAGUCUAAUGGCAUCUUGAAGACUAACAUGUUUAUUGUGGCAUUGGCUUUUGUGGACAUCCGAUGAAGUGCGCUCUCUCUCUCUCUGAAAUAUUUUUUAUUGAUUUUUACAGAGCCAUUCACACAAAUAGUAUUUUCACAAAUAUUAAACUUUACCCAAGAUUCUUCCGAAUCUCGAGACUUCCCUCCUCCCCUCCGUGGAUUCUUCAACUAAUUUUUUUUAACUGCAUAUUAUAAAUCUGUCUAGUUUAUCAUCCAAAGUAUCCAAAGUCUAUGUGUCGUUGCAAGAGUUAUUUAAAGCCUGCCAAAGAGUUCAAGUGUUUACAGUGGUCUUUCAAGUGCGUUAUUUAUUUAUCCCAUUCCUUGUUGAAGUUUUGAUCCUCCUGGUUUCCGAUUUCCCCGGUUAAUCUUGCCAUCUCUGCAUAGUCCAAUAAUUUCAUCUGCCAGUCCAACCUAGUAGGUACCAUAUUUUUCCGUGUAUAAAACUAGGGUUUUCCCCCUAAAAAAUAAUGUCAAAAAUCAGGGGGUGUCUUAUACACGGAUACAUCUCCCCCCCAUUUUCUUAAAUAUGAAUCCCCCAAAAUAGGGGACAUCUUAUACAUGGGGGCGUCUUAUAGACGGAAAAAUACGGUGUCUUGUUGUCUAUCAAUCUUUGGGAAAGGAGCAUCCUUGCAGCAGAGUCCACGCCACAAUAGCCAAUAAAGUACGGCAAUACUCUUCGCUGCUUCUAUGAAUAUCAGAUAAUUGGUGAACUAGAUUACUACAUGAGUAGGUGCUGCCAUGAAAACCAUCUUGUUAAGAGAGAUUUAGCUUUGUCAUCAGUAAAGCUAAACAAUAUUCUUAAAAGCCAUUCUUUUUAGAAGCAAUUAGCGAAAGCUGUUUCCAUCUUUAAAAUGGCAGAUUAUUUUCUUCUACACACAGAAUUUAGAUUCAUAACUCAGAAUGCUGAUCCAUUAGGAGCUACAUAUAAAACCUCUGCGGAUAAUGAAAAUAAUAUAUGUUAAUGUACUCUUUGGCCUCAUCAUAGGAGAGAUUUUUUAAAUGAGUGUUUCAGAACUGACCAUUAAUCAAAUGGAAACCGAGAGGCAAUUUUCUAGUGUACAUAUUCUUGGUACAGAUGAAUAACGACAAUGGCAUUUGACAAAUUAACAGCCGGAGCAUACUAAAGCCAGCUGUAUUAUAGCAGAUGGAUUUUGUCUUUGCAUAUUAAGCUGCACUAAAUUGGGGAAUUCACCUAAAAUAAAGAAAUCCUUUUUCACUUAUGAACUUGUAUUGUCUAAAUAUGAUAUUACUGUAUAAGCAUACCCUUUGUCAGGAAUGGGUUAGCUGUGGUCACUCCAGAUGUUGCCAGACUCCAGCUCCCAUCAGCCCUAGGCAGCAUAAUUUAUGGGAACUUUGGUCCAACAUCUGGAGGGCCAAAGGCUACCCAUCCUGGCCGUUGUUCAAAACUUCAAAACUUUUAUUGAUACCAUAGCAAACAGAAAUGGAAAAAUCCUUCUAAUUUCAGAUUAUACUCACAGUUUCUGAGUAUAAAUGCAGCCAAAUUAGGGAAGCAUUUGUCAAGCAUAACAGCAGAGAAAUGUAUAAUCCUUUGCAAUGAAGAGAAAGGGUUUAGGUACAGCUCCAAGGAAAACAUACCAGAGUCACCCCACAGUUUCUUUCCAAAGAACUGAUUAUUGCUAAUAAGAUAAAAUUCUUGUGCUUAUUAACAAAGGAAAUACACUAUAACUAAUUUUCCUUUUAAAACCUCUUUAACGAGUCUUUUAGCCAGUUUUGCUGCAUGAACUCAGCCAGCACUGUUUGGAACACUAUAAUACUAGUCAUUUACAGUACAUUUUAAAGCUGUUUUCCAGUGAGGCAUCAGUGGCAACAACUCACAUCGUCUCUGACCACUGGCCAUGCUGGUUAGUGCUGAUGAGAAAAGUCCAUUGACAUCUGGAAGUCAUUAUGUUGGGUACCCUAAGAUACAGUAUCUUCUCCCCAUCAGACAGAGCUAACUUGGGGUCUGGGCUUCCCUUCAUAAUUGCUGACCAUAAUUAAUAGCCAUCUUACAUAGGGAACCCUUCCCCCAAUUCCACCUAAUUUAGUACUAUGAUGAAAGGUGGAUUUGCUAACACCUCAGGGAAAGCCUUCUUAAACAAAACUGUAUUCCAUAGCCACCUGAAGUGUGAAAAUAAAAGACAUACUGCUUUUGCUCUUUGUCUUAUCAGGUAUUUAGUUAAUGUUUUUUUUUCGCUGCAAAUGUACCUUCUGAUCAUACAUGUGCCCUAUUUCAGAGAAAAUUUUCUUUUUUACUGCCUGUCCUGAACUGCAGCUCCCCUGUGCUAUGUUGUGAGUUGUUUCCAUUAAUGUAUAUGUAUGAAAUGGGACUCAGUUGCUGUAUAUCAGGGGUUUCCAAAGGGUGGUCUGAGGACCACUUCAUACAGGUGGUCUACAGUACAUCUGUGAAGAUCCUUUACAAUCUGACUUCAGUGACUUUCAAGUUGUAGUACAAUAAAAUAAAAUAUAAGAAAUCAAAGAAACAAUAGAAAUACAUUUAAAAGUCAUACAGCGUCUAGCCCCAGCACAUUACAAUUGCUACAACAGGCAGAAAAAUGGUUGAUCCACCAAAGUCCUCAGCAAUGUCAAUAAUAAUAAUAAUAAUUUAUUUAUACUCCGCCCAUCUGGCUGGGUUUCCCCAUGUUCAUGUAGUUCAUGUGGGGGAAAUUUGGGAACUGCUGAAGAAUAUUAUAAGAUGGUACUGUGCAAACUAAAUUGAGCAUCUUUAUUAUUGGAAAAGUAAGUGAACAAAAAUGUAGAAGACAUCUCUAGUUAUGUCUGCCCAUGUUGAAAGUAUUUUUAUAUUGAUACAUACAGUAUUAGAGACUAGAGUCUGUUUUGUUACGGGACAGAUUGCAGAAUGAUAGUUCCCCACUUACUUGCUUUUGCCAAAAAUUCAGCAAGGCAUGCAGGGAAUUUAGGCUGUUGUCAGUUUAGGAAAUUCAGAUAUUGUAUCAUUUUAAGCAGCACUGUCUGAAGCAUGCGCCAGUCUUUAUGAUAGACAAGUUUGGGCUCACUGUAAAAACAGCCAUUAAGCAGGUAGAAUAACUGAGAUUCCACUUUAAAUGAAGCCCCAUGGCAUCAUAACAGAACACUAUUUCCAGUGGAGCUUCAUAUAAUAUAAGAAAAUUCAAUGAAUAGACCAUGUUGUAAUUAGACGGAAGCAAAAUGUAUAUUUGAUUUUGAGGGUAAUGAUAUGCAAUGAGGUGUAUUCAUAAGCAAGCUAAGUAAAUUCAUUGCUGCAGAAAACAGGUGCAGUGGGGUUCUAAAUCCAUAAAGUAUUAAUGGCUAAUUUAGUGUGAUUACACAAAUUAUAACGGUUGGUUAGACUCCUAUCAGAAGGCAUUGCUUUCUCGCAUAUGAAAUAACUUGUUCCCACAAAAUAACCCAAAUUCCUAAACCUGCUAUAUUUGCAUAAAUCAGCAUGUUUUUCAGGCAUUUUCCCAGGGAUGGGAUAACUGCUUUUAAGCUGAUUUAUCCCUGUUGUUUUGUCUGCCAGGGUGAGAUAGUUAUGACAUUAAGUUGUUGUUUUAUAUUGUUUCGUUUUCACUUUUUGUACGCCUUGAAUCUUUUCUAGAAACAGGCAUUUAAGAAAUUAGGUGGUGGUGUUUUUUAAAAAGCAAAAUUUGCAUUUAGUUGGCCAAGUUAGAAACAUCAGAAAGCUGAAGCUUUGCAGUGGAAAUGCUGACACAAGGGAUUGUCAGCUGCUUCUAUAUUGCUGAAUGCAAGCCAACAAUAGUUCAGGGUUAAUGCCAGUUCGCAAAGAUUGGAAUCACAAGUUGGAGCUUACUGGCCUCUUGCCAUAAUAUUUCUCUAGUUCUUGUUUCUUGCAAAGCAGAGGGGAAAGCAUUAGCACCGCAUGCAUUGCUCUUAUUAAAAUGCACACAGUAUACAAAUGCACAGAGGAUACAGUAACCUGCCUCAAAAAAGACUAAACUAACCUCUGGGAACCUUAGGUUUUAGUUUUAAAGCUUAUGUAAACAUUACUGCCUUCCUGAUGUUCUCCUACUAAGCAUGGUUGGUUGCCCAGUAGCAAGGCCCUUGUGAAUUUCCAUGGCUGCAUUCUGCAUUUCAGAGAAGAUCACAGCCAGUUAACCAGCAACUGCAAAGAGACCAGUGCUUAGACUUGCAACCUCUCCUGUAUACAUUUGCUUGGAAAUGAGUUCUGCUGGGUUCAGUUAGACUAGCUCCUAAAUAAGUGUGCUUAGGGUCGCCUUAGAAGCUAAAAUAAUAUUUCUUUGGAAAAUAUAGAAUUUUAAACAAUAUUUUUACUUCUAAAGACUCUAGUUCGAUGCACAGUUUAUAGUUGCCUUUAGUGUUGAUCUUUAAGCAUUGUAUUAGUAGUGAUAUGCCUGGGUUAGCUAGCGAAAAGGUUACUUUGUAGUUUAGUACAUACUUUUUUAAAAAAAAAUUGUUAUGUAAAUUAUUUAUUUGUUAUGUAAAUUAUUCAUGCUUAUGCCUGAAUCACUUGUAAAUCCCACUUUGUCAAAGGCAAAAAGUUUUUCACAUUGCUAUUAAUUGCUGGGUUUUUGUCCGCCCCCCCCCCCACUUCUUCCCACUGCUUGGUAUGUUGUUGCACUACGGUGAUAAUUCAGUGCUGAACAACAAGGAUUGUGACAAAGUCUGUGGUUAAGAUGCAUUGUUAUGAGCUUUGCUAUUUUAUCAUGUUUCCAAUUGCCUACUUUUGAGUGCAACAAUCCUGGAUUGUGAUCCCCACAGAUGUAAGUGAAAAAGCAUGGAUAAAUAUCAGUAUACGUCAAGGCAGGAUUUGGGAGGACAGGAAUAACACACGGUAUCAGCGAAGUUAACUCUUUACUCAAAGAAACAAAACAGCCCAGGCCUAGUGAGCACAGCAACUCUUCCCAGCAGGUCUUGCCCCAAGGAGGACUGGAGUUCCCUGCCUUCCCACAGCUCCCUAAGUCUCCUCCUCCCUGGGUUCUUCCCAAGCAACCUGAGAUUUCUUUACCUCAUCUGUCUUUGCUCCGCCUUCUUCCCACCUCUGCAGGUUCUGGGAGACCAGAGGGGAGAGGAGCUGGUCACAGCAGGAAGGAGAGACUCCAUAGCUUCUUCAGCAGCCUGCCUCAUCUCUGUCCCUUGAUUCCUCCCCCCUCCUCUCCAACCUCCGCUGCUGCCUCUGGUUCUGGACUGCUCUCUGUUGCAAUUUCUUCCCGCUCACUAAACCCUGUUUCCUCUUCUGACACCUCCUUCUCCCAGUCUUCUCCCUCUGACCACUCAUCAUCAUCCCACCACCAAUCCCCUGGCUCUGAGCCUUCUUCCCCAGCUGGUGCCUCCCAACACUCCUUUUACAUCCAGCAUGAUAGUAUAUCUACUAAUAGUGUUUAAAAUUCAUGUAAUUGAUGUAAUGCUAAGCUAUAAUUUGGCAUUACUAGAAUGAGCCACUGUGAUCCUCCCUCCUCCUUCUUUCUCUUCCAGUGUAGCAUGAGAAGGGGCUUAGAAGCUUUUGCUUCUGUUCUGCAGCCUAGCAUGUUGUCCAAGUUCAGACAAAUUUUAUACAGUGGUACCUUGUGUUACGAACUUAAUUCAUUCCAGAGGUCCAUUCUUAACCUGAAACCGUUCUUAACCAGACUGGUGACUGGGAGUGGCCGCCAAGACCAUAUAACACCAGUCCUGAAAGAUCUUCGUUGGCUCCCAGUACGUUUCCGAGCACAAUUCAAAGUUGGUGCUGACCUUUAAAGCCCUAAACGGCCUCGGUCCUGUAUACCUGAAGGAGCGUCUCCACCCCCAUCGUCCAGCCCGGACACUGAGGUCCAGCGCCAAGGGCCUUCUGGCCUUCUGACGGUUCCCUCGCUGCAAGAAGUGAGGUUACAGGGAACCAGGCAGAGGGCCUUCUUGGUAGUGGUGCCUGCCCUGUGGAACGCCCUCCCAGCAGAUGUCAAGGCAAUAAGCAACUAUUUUACUUUUAAAAGACAACUGAAGGCGGCCCUGUUUAAGGAAGUUUUUAAUGUUUGAUGCUGUAUUGUUUUUAAUAUUCAGUUGGAAGCUGCCCAGAGUGGCUGGGGAAACUCAGCCAGAUGGGCGGGGUACAAAUAAUAAAUUAUUAUUAUAUUAUAUUAUAUUAUAUUACCUGACACAUACUAUCGCUAAUGGGGCCUUGCCGCUGUGCUGCUGGCACGCAAUUUCCAUUCUCAUCCUGGGGCAAAGUUCUCAACCAGAGGUACUACUUCCGGGUUAGCAGAGUUUGUAACCUGAAGUGUUUGUAACCUGGGGUACCACUGUAUAGUGUAAUCCAGUUCGCACAUAACACUAUGUAAACCCUUUGCACAAAUGAGUAAACAUGCAGAUUCCUAGAGCAAAAGUCACGGCUGCGCUGCCCAUGAUUUGGCUUAGCAUUACAUGCAAACUGGGCCACAAUUAGCUUGGAUGAAAUUUUUAAUUCAACACAGAUUCUGCAUCGCUGGUGUGGUGUGGCAUGUGAAAGAAGCCAUUGAAAAGAUGUUUCCCAGUUCCCAUUGACAAAUAUAGAUUACUUUUAAGGUAUUCCAUUUGAAGCAGCAGCAUAGCAGCCUUCACAGGAUUCUGCCUCUGAGGGAGAGUUCUUCCAUUAUAGCCUUCAAAAUACGUUUGCUUUUAGUACUGUGCCUAUCGAUCAGUAAAGUACUUUGAAUCCAUCUGUCAAGCUAAUAUGGCACAAAGUGUAAAAGAGCACUCAUCUUGCAUUAUGUUAUCAGAGCUGUUCAACAAAAAAAAUUAUCUUCUUUUAGAAGCACUGCUGUCCUGUUUACUGAAUUUUGCUAGAGGUACAGUGGUAUCUCGGGUUACAUAUGCUUCAGGUUACAGACUCUGCUAACCCAGAAAUGAUACCUUGGGUUAAGAACUUUGCUUCAGGGUGAGAACAGAAAUCGUGCUCCGGCGGCGCGGCAGCAGCAGGAGGCCCCAUUAGCUAAAGUGGUGCUUCAGGUUAAGAACAGUUUCAGGUUAAGAACGGACCUCCGGAAUGAAUUAAGUACUUAACUUGAGGUACCACUGUAUUUGCAAUUGGCUGGGUGUUUAGAACUGGUGCUAGUUCUCCUUGUCAGCAGUGACCUAUGGAAGCAAAAUUCAGGCACCCUAUCAUCUUAAAUAGCACUGUCUGAAGCAGGCACUAGUGUUUAUGAUAGACAAGUUUGGGCUCAUGGUAGAAUUAAGCCAUUAAGCAGAUAAAAUGAUUAAGAUUCCACUUUUAACGAAAUUCCCAUAGGUUCUUAUCAAAACAGGAUUUUGUGGCGCUGUGUCUCUAGCUGAACCACACCUGACAUCACAUGAUAUUGGGGUGGGGCAAAUGGGCAUGGUUUUGGAAAAAUGGUCUCUCAGGCCAGAUGCGGAGGCUUGAUGUCCCAGAGGACAGGAUCGCACUUCAAAACGACCUUGACAGAUUAGAGAACUGGGCCAAAACAAACAAGAUGAAUUUUAACAGGGAGAAAUGUAAAGUAUUGCACUUGGGCAAAAAAAAUGAGAGGCACAAAUACAAGAUGGGUGACACCUGGCUUGAGAGCAGUACAUUUGAAAAGGAUCUAGGAGUCUUGGUUGACCACAAACUUGACAUGAGCCAACAGUGUGACGCGGCAGCUAAAAAAGCCAAUGCAAUUCUGGGCUGCAUCAAUAGGAGUAUAGCAUCUAGAUCAAGGGAAGUAAUAGUGCCACUGUAUUCUGCUCUGGUCAGACCUCACCUGGAGUACUGUGUCCAGUUCUGGGCACCACAGUUCAAGAAGGACACUGACAAACUGGAACGUGUCCAGAGGAGGGCAACCAAAAUGGUCAAAGGCCUGGAAACGAUGCCUUAUGAGGAACGGCUAAGGGAGCUGGGCAUGUUUAGCCUGGAGAAGAGGAGGUUAAGGGGUGAUAUGAUAGCCAUGUUCAAAUAUAUAAAAGGAUGUCACAUAGAGGAGGGAGAAAGGUUGUUUUCUGCUGCUCCAGAGAAGCGGACACGGAGCAAUGGAUCCAAACUACAAGAAAGAAGAUUCCACCUAAACAUUAGGAAGAACUUCCUGACAGUAAGAGCUGUUCAACAGUGGAAUUUGCUGCCAAGGAGUGUGGUGGAGUCUCCUUCUUUGGAGGUCUUUAAGCAGAGGCUUGACAACCAUAUGUCAGGAGUGCUCUGAUGGUGUUUCCUGCUUGGCAGGGGGUUGGACUCGAUGGCCCUUGUGGUCUCUUCCAACUCUAUGAUUCUAUGAUUCUAUUCUAUGAUGUGCCCUGUUUAGUGUGAAAGCAGGAGAACCCCACUCUUAAUUUAAACCAUAGUUUAAACUUUCAAUGAGAAUUUUGGUCUGACAUGACAGUCCUUGGUUUGGUCAUAAUAUAUUGCUUCCAAAAACGUGAAACCUCCCUAAUUUCUUCUUGAUAUCAUAAUAUUUAUUAGGCCUUUCUACAAUCCCUGCAUUGUUAGGAACACAAAAUGUUCUUGCCAUUUGCUUCCUGCUCCUUGCCAAUAUAGAGACGCAGAUUGAGAGCCUUAUGUUUCUUUCCAUCGGCUUUAAUCACUUAAAAAAAACCCAACUUAAAUAUCCACAGCCUGAUUGCAAAACCAAUCAAAUUAUCUCCCUUGCAGGCUUCAAGAGAAUUCUAGGGUAUUUGGCUAGAGGAAGUACCAGGAGAAUUAGCCCUAAAAAGAAAUAAAUCUUGUACACUAAUGGCUCCUUAUUUUUGAACUAAUGAGAAAUUUAGAGGGAUUAAACUUCCAUCUGUGAUACAGUGCAAGAAAGAAGUAUGGAUGAAUUAAGGUUCAGGCACUCAAAUAAUGAGUCAUUCUGAUUUUAGGUUCCAGUUGAAAGAGGUUGGGGGAGAUGGAAAAUAACCUCUUAAUUUAACAAUGGAUAGGAGAGUAGGGGCAACAUAGUGGCUGAAACAUUGACCUUGGUUCAACAAAACCUUGGUUCAUAUCUAAGUCCUUUGCAGCCUGGCUAUUGUUAUGUCCGCUUGGACUACUGGGACUAUUUGGACUACUUGGACUCUACGUGGGACUAACUUUGAAGGUGACCCGGAAACUGCAAUUAAUGCAGAAUGCGGCAGCUAGACUGGUGACUGGGAGUGGCCGCUGGGACCACAUAACACCGGUUCUGAGAGAUCUGCAUUGGCUCCCAGUACGUUUCCGAGCACAAUUCAAAGUGUUGGUGCUGACCUUUAAAGCCCUAAACGGCCUCGGUCCUGUAUACCUGAAGGAGCGUCUCCACCUCCAUUGUUCUGCCCGGACACUGAGGUCCAGCACCGAGGGCCUUCUGGCGGUUCCCUCAUUGCGAGAAGUAAGGUUACAGGGAAGCAGGCAGAGGGCCUUCUCGGUAGUGGCGCCCACCCUGUGGAAUACCCUCCCUUCAGAUGUGAAGGAAAUAAGUAGUUAUCCUAUUUUUAAAAGACAUCUGAAGGCAGCCCUGUUCAGGGAAGUUUUUAAUAUUUAACGCUGUAUGGUUUUUAAUACUUGAUUGGGAGCCGCCCAGAGUGGCUGGGGAAACUCAGCCAGAUGGGCGGGGUAUAAAUAAUAAAUUAUUAUUAUUAUUAUUAUUAUUAUUAUUAUUAUUAUUAUUAUGUGCAACAGGGAAAGCAGGCCUGUGCAAAGUGCAUGUUACUCUUCUAGUAUAACAGGGAUGUCCAGCUUACAAGAGACUGCGAUCUACUCCCACUUUAAAAAAAACUGGCAGUGAUCUACCCAUUGGAUUGACAAAAAGUUGUUGAGCUUUCGGACACCCCACGACUGACCAGUAGAUCGUGAUUGACCUGUUGAACAUCCCUGUAGUAUAACAUCCGUGUGACUUUUUGUAUCAAAUAGUUUGAGGGAGGUGGUGUCACCACCCUUUGCUAAGGGGAGUGUGUGUGUGUGUGUGGCCUGGUUCACAUAUCACACAAAAUCAUUGUUUUAAAACCAGCUAUGGUUUAAUAUGAAUGAGCAGUGUGCUGGUGCAUGCUCCUCCAAAAGUUUUUGGGAUGCUCCUCCCCUGCUCCUGCUGCAAGCCAGAGUCUGGCUGGACGUGUCAUUCAAAACCAGGCUCGUGGUUUGUUUCCUCCAAGCAAACGACAAGUGGUAACUAAGGUUUGUUCUUGACUUACCAUUUAUGGAAACAAACCACAACCAGACUUCAUCCACAGCAUUACAGAUAGAGUAACUUUUGACCAGUGUGCACCAUCACAAGUGUGAUGGAGAAAGCAAGAGGUGAGCUGACUAAAACCACCUUGGUGGCACAGGGCAUCUCUCUGAUUAUCUGAUAUUAUUAUUAUUAUUAUUAUUAUUAUUAUUAUUAUUAAGACAUCUGAAGGCAGCCCUGUUUAGGGAAGCUUUAAAUCUUAGAUGAAUCAUUGUAUUUUAAUAUUCUGCUGGAAGCUGCCCAGAGUGGCUGGGGAAACCCAGCCAGAUGAGCGGGGUAUAAAUAAAUUUAUUAUUAUUAUUAUUAUUAUUAUUAUUAUUAUUAUUAUUAGAAACAGUGAGUCUGCUGGCCUUGUAGGAAUGCUUUAAGCGAGACUCUACACCCAAAUUUAUACGUACAGCAAAUUCACAAAUGAGCCAUAUUAUGAUGACAGGUCAAGUCUCCAGUUUUCCCUCCUCCAAAGGAAGCCAAACCCAGCAGCACCUGCCCCUAGAACUUCUUAAUAACUUCUUAAUAAAGCGCUGAGCAAAGAACAGUAUGUUUUAAAAAUCGGGAUUUCUAUGUCUUUUUGCAACAACUGAGAUGUUAGGAGCAAGGUACCAGAGGAGACACAGGGAGCUACUGUGGGCAGAGGGGCUGUCACCAGUGGAAGAUAGCUGUUGUGUCUCUGAGCAGUUAGGCCACACUGCUCGUAUGAUGUUUCCAAACUAUCAAUUGCAAGAAAAACUGGAAGACUUUUUUUUUGGGGGGGGGGGUAACUUAUUGCUCAUUUCUAUCAUUAUUACAAUAAAAACUGAAGAACUGGAAAGCCUUCUGAUGUUGUGAAAAGAAAUGUCUCAGAGUUUUGUUCCAUAUUUUGAGAAUAUUGCUUGUCGUUGGUGCCAGCCUGUAACUAUGAGAUAUUGCCAAGAACAUCCUCUGCUGUUUUUGGAACCAGCGCCUUUGUUCCUUAAGACAAGCUGUUGCCGGUUCAUAACAUUCAUGAUUAAGUUUAGACUACAUGCCCAUCAGAACACUGAAGCGUGUUUGUUUUACAUCUUGCAGAUAUUUGAUAAUGAAGCCAAAGAUCUUGAGAGAGAAGUCUGCUUUAUUGAUAUUGCCUGCGACGAAAUUCCUGAGCGCUAUUACAAAGAAUCAGAGGUAGGUAAAGGACUUAAUGCUCUUGAGCAGUGUAGAUUUGCAUUGUGCAGAAAGCCCAUUCAGACAUGCAUACUGCUCUGGAAUAAAUAGUCUCGACCAAGAAUAGCUUGGUUAUCUCUUCUGAUCCUACCAAGUGAUAAGAAGAAUUUUUCCACCCACCAAGUGCUGAUUAAGUGCAUUUCACUUUCUUUUCCUCCUCCCUUCUCACACCUUUUUCCUUAUGUUUGUCAUGACUUUUAUAAUAUAAGUCUGCAAGCAGGGAUUAUCUUAAAUAUUAAGCUUAAGCUGCUCCAAGGGCCUUUUUGGCUAAGGAGCUGAGUUAAAAUGCUUUACGUAAACAUGUGCUGGAAUGACUUAGCUGCAUACAGUGGUACCUCUGGUUACGUACUUAAUUCGCUCCAGAGGUCCGUUCUUAACCUGAAACUGUUCUUAACCUGAAGCACCACUUUAGCUAAUGGGGCUUCCCGCUGCUGCUGUGCCGCCGUCGCGCGAUUUCUGUUCUCAUCUUGAAGCAAAGUUCUUAAUCUGAGGUACUACUUCUGGGUUAGCGGAGUCUGUAACCUGAGGCGUAUGUAACCCAAGGUACCACUGUAUUGUUUUGACUUUACUCAAUACUUUUCUUGUUGCAUGGGAGUGACAACUCCAGGGAAUUUGCAUAGAAUUAAUAUGCCUUCAUAUUUCUAAUAAAACACUAUUAAAUUGAGUGACAAGAUACGAUUUUGCAGCAUACAAAAUCCAAUAUAUCUUGGCAGCAAAUAGGCCCUAUUUGUCAUAGCUCAUGGGCAAAGUUAUUCAAUUAUCUACGUGAAAAUUUACAACAUCAAUAACAUUUAUUACACUGCAGCAACACAUCUUAUGCCUAACUGCUAUUAUCAUUAUGGAGUUGACAAAAGGCUAAAUCUAAACAUUUUAUGUUGACUUUCUAUACAUUAACACAAUGGUAUAAUGCUAAAACCAUAUAUGAUACUAAACGCUGAAGGCAACAGCUGUGACCUGUUUUAAGGGCUGUAGACCAGAAACAACAUGGGUGAUGAGCUGAAAAGGCUGCCCUCAUCCUCCCAUCUUUGGCAAAAAGUCUGGAAGGCAAUUAUUAUCAUUCCCAGUUGGAGCAGAUGACAAGCUACAUGAAGACCAAAGCCCCUAGCCUUGAUUCUGUCUUGAAAAAUACACCUUUAUGAAGUGCUUUGAGACAGUCCCUAAAAUGUUAACAGUUGGAUAGCUAGUAUUGGCAUACUUUUUGAAUAUUGAAGCUCUGAAACAGAAUCACCCAUUUUCCCAGAGGUUGCCUCUCCCACAGUGGAAGGGGCGAAAAAAACUCUCUCCAUUCUUAUUUGAGAGUCCCAGUUGGAGUUUGGUCUGAAAGAAGACACCAUGCAACUGUGUCUCUUUGGAAAUCCCUGGGCCUAAGAGUAAGGAGUGGAACAGUGCAUCCACAUGGCAUUGGGGGGGCGGGUCACCUACAGCGGCAAAAUGUACUGUGUUGGCCCUGUAAAGCACAGAUAUUGAAUUGGAACUAGAGGGCUGGAUACAGAGCUGACCUAUCCUUGAAGGACCAUUUUGACCUGUGUGGACCAUCCACCUGACAUCAUGACAUCAGGUGACUCAAGCUAUGACUGCAAAUGAAGAAUAUUGCUUUGCCAUCCUUCCUUGAACUCAAGCUAGAGUUGCAAACAAGAAAUCUUGAGGGUGGAUAGAAAUGCUCCCAUUUACUGCCAAAGAACUGUUGCAGCACUAAAGUCAGAAACAACCCUGUACCUGCUGCCUUUUAAAGAUCAGCCAGAGGCUUAUCUUGGAUCUUAGUUAUUGUUAGGAGAGCUUGCAGCUUUGGUGAGUUAAAUCAAAAAUAUCAUUUUGGAGUUCAAAGGCUUUAUUCAUGCAAGCUUUCUAUUGGCAGGAUGAAAGAGAAUAGCAAACAUCUUGUCUCAACAUGUUGGGAGAGAAGAAACAAAAUGGCUCAGCUUUUACGGGUAGAGUUAACUUAGACAAAACAGUGCCCUCAUGUGACUUAAACAUGCAUUAACUAUACAAAUUUAAUAAAUAAAAAUAUUAAUAACUAGAAGCUCAAAGUAAGUAAAUGUAUUUGCUUUUCUCCAAUAGUACUUUGGUGCUUAGCACUAACACCCCUUAUCUCUUAUCUUAGCACUUAAAGCAGAGGGCCCAGAUCAGUACUCCAAGCCUCUCUAUUUGGCCCUCAGAACUCCUCCUCUGCGGCACAUGCUCCUCAACCACAUAACCUCUCCCCAGGCCACACCCCUACCUUACCCUACUAUGUACCCUCCUUGAGUAUUUUUGCAUUGUGGGACCACAGCACCGAGACCAGAGACCAGAGAGCAGUAGGCAUUUAUCUCUGAUGUAGAGCUAAGCACCACAGCACUAAUAUUAAAUUAGCAUAUUACUAUGAAGGAAAACUUAGUGAAUUUUAUUUCUAUAUUGUCUAAAAAUGGACAGUCCACAAAACAUCUGCCCCUUAAGUUCAAGGGCACACAUAAUUUGCAGGCACAGGUCAAGGGGGGGGAAAGGCCUCCUUCACUUACUUUCUGGACUAUGAACCUUUGAAAUAGUAAUAUAUAGAAUACCAAUGUUCCUGAAAUAACAAUAGUAAUUAGAUAGAUAGAUAGAUAGAUAGAUAUAGAUAAACAGAGAGAGAGAGAGAGAGAGAAGAAAGGGCAUUCUGCUCCCACCCCCCAGGGAAGUCUUGAAGAGACUGAUGGUCCAAUAUUCCAUUCUGGAAUAAGCCAUAAAUCAGGCUGUAAAAAAGAAAUACCUUUUUAGGAUGUGUCAAAAUCAGUAUGUAUCUCAUUCAAUCUAGAUUAUAAGAUAUCAGCUAAGCAUGCUCGGCACAUGCAUGACAAGAGAUAUUGUCUCAUUGCUGCUAAUUAGAAGAAAUCAUGCAGUAAAAUUAUAUCUCACAGAGAUAGGAUCUGCUUAAAAUAAGAGUAUCUAAUAUAAACAUUAAAUUUUUCCAAAAAAAUCUUUUCAAGACUGAAGAUAAUCAAAUAGUAAAGUGUUAAUCAGAACAGAUCUGGAAAUAAAGGGUUGUAUACAACUAAGUUCCACUCAGAACAGAUAUAUUGAAAUUAAUGGACAAAAGUUAAUCAGGUUCAUUCAUUCUAAUGGGUCUAACAUAAGAUGCAGCCCAAAGUCAGUGACCAGGAUCCAAAAAGCAACUGCUGACUAACCUGCCCUCCACCCCAAUGUCAUGCAGCCCAAACUAUUAAAACUCUCUUCUGUUUAAAAACAGUUUUCUAUUCAGAGGCAGCCGAUGUGGUGCUGUGCUAUUAAAGAAAAAUAAAAUCUUAAGUCUGCUGGAACUCACAGAGGCAGGUUCUUUUUAGAUGCCUGCUGUUUUAUUUGCUUUAGUCUUCAGAGCAAAUGUAAAUUCGCUUUUUAAUAAGAGAACCUUUUUUUUUAAUUAAAAAAAGUUUUGUGCUCUUUCCGCCCCAGCACAGAUGCCUGUUCAGAGCAAUGGAGCUCACUCAUGCUUAAGUGUCACAGGGAUGCAGCCAGCAUCUGUCUGGUUCAGGAAAUAAUGGUUCCACUUGCACCAUAAUAAGACCUCUUUUAUCAACUUGCUUUAGACUGUUCCUCUCCUCCCCUCGGUGCUUCUGUCAGCUCUAAUUUAUGAGGCAACCUCAUUUUGACAGAAUAAUUUUGCUAGCAAAUAGCAUAAAUUGCUCCAUGUUUUCAGUACAUUGUAACGCCAAGUGCAGAAUGCUUUAAAAAUAGCAUGUUCGGUAUUGAGGGUUAACAAGGCAGAAGUACUGCUGCCCAUGCUUGAUUUUCUGUUGGGUCCAAAGAAAAAUAGGAAGCCAAAUGUAAUUAUUGUCUUCUUCUUUUUUAAGGGGCAGGAGAGAUUGUGCCAAUUUUCAAUCAUAUUUUCAAAAAGAUACGUCCUGAAAACACUGAAGAAAAUGUUUUGGAUUGGCAUAAUUCUGAAUGCAAUGAGCACUUAUUUGGAAAAUAUAAAAGUGUAAAUAACCAUCUGGUACCAUCAUAGCAGAAGUACCUGCAACAUCAAAAGCAAAGAUCUGCAAUUCCCUAUAAUAGUCCUGGUAGUCUAUAUUUUAGGAGGUUGCUUUAUGAAAGGCUGACGCCCAUUAAAACCAUAUUUCUAACUUUGCUCUGAACCCAAUGCAUAUUAUCCAUAUUUAAAAUAGACAUUAUACAUACUUUAGACAAAUUGUGCUAACGCUUAACCUAUAUUUCAGGUUGUGAAUAGAGAUGAAUUUAAAUAUAUGCUAUUUUCUAAACCGGGGUCACAAUAUUAUAGGAAAUAAAGCUAAAAUUUUCCUCCUAAACUAAUUCUCCUUCACUGUAUGAUUAUAUAUCACUUCAAUUCAGAAUCCAUACAAACUCAUUUCAAUUUAACAACCAAGUUGGUCUUAAUAACAUUUCUAUUCAUUAGAUUAAGCUCUAGUUGGUUUUUGCUGGGAAUGGGGGAAUUGUGUGAAGAGCUCUUGUUUUUAUUGCCAUCUAGAAAAUGAAUAUAGUUCUUCAUAGCUCUGUGGUGCUAACAUCACAGUCUCUGAGUCUUGCCAAAUUUAACAAGUUUGAGCACUAACUUGAAUUUGUUGGUCACUCAGGUGAACAAAUUAAUUUGAAAAUGAUUACACUGGUCAACAACAAAUUUGUUGUCUGCAUUUUUUUCAGUUGAUUUAGGACGAAUCUGAUGCGCUGAAUCCAAAAAUCACAUUGGUUUUGCUCAAUCAGGUCAAGUUUUUGAGCUAUGGCCACAUGUCAUUUUUUAACGUUUUUGUUCACAUGUAUGCUUGUGUGGAGCAUUUUAGAAGAAGUUGGUGGGGGUAAAAUGCCAUGUCGAAUAAUUGUUUUGAUUGGAAAUGAUUAUUUUAAUGACAAGAAGUAUUCAGGUCUGAAAGUUCUGGGUGAUUAUGUCGAAAAGGGAUCAGUUUGAAGUCAUAAAACCUCGAAAUCUUCCAUAAAUUGGUGCGGCAAAGCAUAAAGUUGGGGGAUCAAAACUAAGUUAAUCCUGAUCUUCAAUCAGCACGUCGUCCUGUAGCUCAUUGUGAUGAAAUUCCAGUGCCUAUCUUCAGAGAACUUCCUGACAUUAGUGACGAAGAUGCCUCCAGUGUUGAAGGACAUGAAGAAGAAGAAGUGGUUCUUGAAGAUGAUGCUCCACAUCCAUUUUCCCAAAAGGAGUUGAAUGAUCUAGUUCGCGACCUCAGCUUGUCAAAGGACUCUGCCGAACUGUUGGCAUCCAGAUUGAAGGAAAAAAACCUCCUCUCUGACAGUGCUCGCAUCAGCUUCUUCCGCAACAGGCAUCAAGAGUACCUUCGUUUUUUCUCGGAAGAGAAGGACUUGGUGUACUGUGCAGAUAUUGCACAGCUUCUGCUCAAGCUUGGAGUGCCACAGUACGAACCCAAAGAUUGGAGACUGUUCAUUGACAGCAGCAAGCGAUCACUGAAAUGUGUUCUGCUACACAACGGCAACCAGUUUGCCUCUAUACCCCUGGCUCACUCGACUACACUGAAGGAGAACUAUGAAGCGGUGAAGUAUGUGCUGGAGAAAUUGGUUAUGAUCAGCAUAAGUGGUUUAUUUGUGUUGACCUGAAGAUGGUGAACUUUUUGUUGGGACAACAGUCUGGCUUCACCAGGUACCCAUGUUUUCUGUGCAUGUGGGAUAGUAGGGACCGUGCUCAGCAUUACACGAAGAAGGACUGGCCUGUGCGGGAGGAAUUGGUGCCUUGCAAAAAGAGGAACGUCAUCAAUGACCCUCUGGUGGACAGAGACAGAAUACUCUUCCCACCGCUGCACAUCAAGCUUGGCUUAAUCAAGCAGUUCACCAAGGUUCUGGAAAAGGAUGGUGACUGCUUCACUUACUUGUGCCAGGCUUUUCCAGGAUUGACCAUGGAGAAGUUGAAAGCUGGCAUCUUUGACGGUCCUCAGAUCCAUCAGCUCAUCAGAGAUCCAGAGUUCGGCAACUCAAUGAACGAAGUGGAACUGGAAGCGUGGAAGGCAUUUGUUCUGGUAGUGAAGAACUUUCUGGGUAACAAUAAGGCCAGAAACUACGGAGAACUUAACAACAUGCUGACUGCUUUCAGAAACCUGGGCUGCAACAUGAGCGUCAAGAUGCACUACCUAUUUUCACAUAUGGACCGGUUUCCUGAGAACCUGGGUUCAAUGAGUGACGAGCAGGGGCAGAGAUUCCAUCAGGACAUGAAAGAGAUGGAGACCAGGUAUCAGGGUCGCUGGGACGCAGUCAUGAUGGCUGACUACUGUUGGACUUUGAAGAGAGACCUCCCUGAAGCUGAGCAUUCCAGGAGUUCCAAGAAACAGAAGUUCAAGCCCUGAAGUUUGAAAAAUGGUGAAGCAACACGCAAUUUACGUGUACUUACCUUUAUCAAUGCCCACCAUUCAGUUUACAGUAAACCUGACCUGAUGGAGAGAAACGGAUGCCAUUUCCUGAUUCAGCAGUGCAAAAAUAGCCUAAAUCAGUUGUAGAAAUCUAGACAACAUUCAAAAAGUAAAAAAUUGUUGCCCAGUGUAAUGGCCAUGACCUUUAAAAGUAUAUGAAGCGGACUUCCGGGUUGGCGCCUCGGGCAAUGGCGGAGCUCCUUCGUUCGGGAGGAACUUGCUCUGUGAAAAACAGGGUCUGACCGCCACGGUGAAGGUGGAGACCCAUUGAAAUCACAAGCGGGAGAAGCUUGUGAACCUGGGAUUCGGCUGGCACCUUUUGCGCCUCCCCUACUCGCGGGGAAACCCUGUUUUGGAGAUCCGGAGCGACGUGGGGUGAGUGGCGCGGUGCUUUGAAUCGACUGCUUCUUUCACGGAGUGAAGCCGCAUUGCUGUUGCCGGAGAGCGCUGACUUUUUCCUGUGGACAAUUGAAUUUUAAACAACUACUCGUGAGUAAAACGGAAAAUUGGAUUUUUAAAUACUUUAAUUUGGCACUGAAGCGGGAAGGUCAUAAACAGGAAGUCCGCCUUCCGUUUUUGUAAAUAGACUGAAGCAAAGACGUUACAAGUUAAAGUCUUUGAAAGCUUUUGGCAAAGGAUUAAAUUUCCAUCGGUUUAAAAUACAAAACCCCCCCUUGGAAGCAGGAGAAGAGGGGGAAAUUUUGGAUCUAAUGAGCCUGCAGGAGAGAGUGAAAAAUCAAAUUAGCACUGCUCUGAACCUGGGAACGGGCUGCCAGAUGACGUUUGGAGAGAGUGCAUUUGACAGAACAGAUUUGACAGCUAGCUAAAUAAGAGUAAGAUACUGUUUCCAUUGUCCUCCUCUGCGUUUAAAUAAGUGGAAAAGUAACUGAAAAUUUAUCUUUAAUGCUUGAGUUGUGCCUGAAAGAACUGAUACAAGUGGAGACUGUUUCCCUCUAAAGGGAGCUUUUGAAACUGUUACUGUAACUGGGGGAUUUCCAGCUGCAGAUAAGGAUUCUGAGAACCAGAGAGUGACCUUGGACCAUUUAAAAAAUGUUGACAGGAGAGGCCAUUGUGACUGUUUUAUGUAAGAUAAGCUGUUCGCUGGGACAGCUUCAUAAGAAGAUGGAUGACAUGACUUUUAAAGUUGAUAAUUUGGAACAGAAAGUGACUAAUUUGAGUCAAAAAGCAAACACCAACACAGAAAUCAUUCAGGACUUGGUACAGGAAUCCAUUUUGGCAGGACAGAUGGUGGAGGAGAAGGAGAAUGCUGCUGUUGUUGAACAUAAAGUAAUACAAGUGAGAUCCGUGGCUUUACAGAAGCAAAUUGAGGACUAUAAGUUGAGGCCUUUUAUGAUUGAAUCUAGGAAAAGUCAGACUCUGAGGAAUGGAUCCCAGCUUGGACUAAAGAAGGAAAGUUGGAAAGAUCCCUCUAUGCAGGGAUUAACUGACUUUUGGGACAUGGACUCGGGCCUGGAGGAGAUUGACGUUUUGGGGGCCUUUGGACUUGGAGGAAUCUUGAAAUAUGCCCUGAAAUACUUUAUGGACUGUAGCUUUAACUAUGGAAAUUUGGCUGAUCUGUUCAGAAGGAAGAAAAGGAUUGACAGGUUGGAGUUUCCCCGAGAUUUGCUCUUUAGCAUUAAAGAAAAUGAAGAAGACCUGCAGAAGGGACUUGGAAAAGAGUUAAGAGCCUCGGACAUAAGAUCACCAGGUUGAUGAACUUUAUGGAGUUGACGGAAAGGACUGGCAGAAUCCGAAACCAGGGAGAGGAGAUGGUGGAAGAAGAUUGGAAAAUUUAAAGUUUAUAUAUAGACUUAUGGUAAAACUAAUGAGUGAUAGAAAAAUGGUGGAAUGAUUUUUUAUGGGCUUAGCAGAAACGUUAUAAGGAGUUAAGCAUAUAUAAGUAUUUUAGUUUUAAUGGAAAAUAAGGUUAAAAAAUACGUUAUUUACAAUAUGAUAGAAAAUGGAGAAAGAUGGAAAGGAUUUGCUGAAACAAUUAAUAGAAGUGGAAUACAAAAAGGGAGGUGAGAGGAGGUCGAGGAAACAAGGGAAUGAAAGAUAGAGUACGGAAAAAGAGAUGAUGUAUGUUUUUAAAUUGUUUUUGUUUUGUUUCAUUUAGGGUUAAGGUUAGGGAGUGGGGUUUGUUUAGUUUAGUUUAAUGUGUUUAGUUUUGAGUUUAGGUUGUGUUUUGCAUUGUUAAAUAUUGUAUUGUAUUGUUUUUUUGUUUUUGCUUUUCUUCUUUGUCUUUUUUUUCUGUUUUUCUUUUCUCUUUUUGUAAUCUAUAAAAGUAAUAAAUAUUAUUUUAAAAAAAAAAAGUAUAUGAAGCUUGCUGUUAAUAGCAGUAGUAGUUGUUACCGUAUUGGACCAAAUAUAAGCCGUACCCAAAUAUAAGCCACUCCCUUAAAAUUCUGCGGGCACUCAUACCUGUUCUGUUUCAGCAGUUUCAGUCUGUUUCAGCAGCGAUAUUAUAAAAGCCAAUUUUUGUAAGGUCGCGAAUUUAAGCCGCACUUUAACUUUUCACGGUCAGAAUUUGGGGGGGAAAGUGAGGCUUAUAUUCAGGCCAAUACGGUAUUUAUAUUUAGUAUAACUCCUUACAAGCUAUUUUUAAAAAAUAAAAAGCAAUAAAAACAUCUAUAUGAUGAAUAAAAACCAUAAAACCAUCAAAUUUCAAAAUAACACAGGGAAUCACAGCUAAAGCGUCCUCUUAAAAUCAUGCCAACACAUCCAGCUUAAUAAUAAUUAUUAUUAAUAAUAAUUUGGUCCUACACAAAGAAUUAUGAGUAAAACUAAAAACUGUUAUGUGCUGGGAACUAAACACUAAACAUGUAGAUUUGGGCAUAUGUUCGAUAUAUAAAGAAUAACAUAACCUCAAUCUCAUUUUUGGGGUUGCAUUGAAACCACAACAGUGUGGGAAGCGGACAUUUAACAUCAUUUUUUUCCUCUCUGGGUGGAUCUGGUUUCUGCUUGCCAACUUCCUCUUUCCAUGCCCCUUACUUCUAUUUUCUUUCUUGUUCCUUUUGUGGCAGUUGGCUGUACUUCUGGCAAUGGAGCAGCUGUGGUUGGUUGGUUUUUUUACUGUUAAACUCUCUGCUUUCUGCAUAAACUGAAAUCUGAGGCAUAACAGCAAUACAUAGUCAAUAAAUCACACAUCCUGGGUGGGACUUAUUAAUUAAUUAUUAUUAUUAUUAUUAAAAGGGGCUUCACACAUAAGUACUACAUUACUUGCACAGAUGCACAGUGGAAUGGACUCCUUUGUAAGGCGGUGGACUCUCCUUCAUUGGAGAUUUUUAAGCAGAGGUUGGAUGGCCAUGUAAGAUGGGUGCUUUAGUUGAGAUUCCUGCACUGCAGGAGGUUGGACUAGAGGACCCCUGAGGUCCCUUCAAACUCUACAAUUCUAUAGUUCUGUGAAAUGAAGGGAGUGACAGGGGAGAGGAAUUGGCUAAUAAGUGUGACAUUCCUAGUAGAAUGAAAAAGGAUUCGACUUCAAAGGCACACAGAUGUGGACUGCUGAGAUCAAAUUCAAACUGGGGGAAAAACCAGGUUUUUGGUGAGAUCAAGCCGCUACAAGGACAAGCCCUUUAUUAAAUACAUUUAAAUGAUUAAGGUGUUGCCAUGUGCACCAGGUUACAGAAGAGUAUGGAACUAGGAGAAGUGCUGCAAUCAGGAAAGGUAUUAAUAAAUAUAAAUUAAAUAUAAAUAUAAUAAAUAAAUAAAUUCUCCAUAAAUGGGUCUCCCACUUUAUCCUGUAUAUUAUUUGUAGUUUUCCAGCUCCCGAAUGCUAGAUUUAAUCCCAACAUAGGAUUAAAGUUGGAAGUCAUUCCCACAGACCUCCAGAAUUCAAUGCUGUGCUUUUCUGAUUGUUCCGUCAGUGCAAUCAUUUCACCUUACCAGGUAGAACAAGUCCCCCUUCUUCUCCCCCCAUGGGCUGUUCUGGGGGAUCUUCUCACUUCCCCUAGAGCCAGUUUUGCGGGGAGGAGACUGGGAGAAGCCCUACUGGGUAAGUGGAAGUCAUUGUGCAUGGCUUCUGCUGAUGGGACUCGUUGGGUGUCUAUACAGUGGUACCUCGGGUUACAUACACUUCACUUCAGGUUACAGACUCCGCUAACCCAGAAAUAGUACCUCGGGUUAAGAACUUUGCUUCAGGAUGAGAACAGAAAUCAUGCUCUGGCAGCGCAGUGGCAGCGGGAGACCCCAUUAGCUAAAGUGGUGCUUCAGGUUAAGAACAGUUUCAGGUUAAGAACGCACCUCCGGAACGAAUUAAGUACUUAACUCAAGGUACCACUGCACACAGCCCAAGUAUGAAUUGGGAGCAAAGCCAAAACCUACUCAAACCAAAAUCAAAUCCAAUGCGUUGUUUAUUGAGCCAAACCUGUUGUGAAUGUGGUUGGGGUGCCUACUGUACAGUGGUACCUUGGUUCUCGAACGGCUUCAUUGUCAAACAAAUUGGCUCCCGAACAGCACAAACCUGGAAGUAAGUGUUCCGGUUUGCGAACAUUUUUCGGAAAGCCAAACAUCCGCUUAGGUGCAAGAAGCUUCUGCAGCCAAUUGGAAGCCGCGCCUUGGCUUUCGAAUGGUUUUGGGAGUCGAACAGACUCCCGUAAUGGAUUAAGUUCGAGAACCAAGGGACCACUGUACUUAAGGGCACAUAUUCGGCAAAGAGCUUCUAGAACUUAAUUUCACUUCUGUGGAAAGAAAUGUGCAAACCUUAAGUGGUCUUGCACCAGUUAGCAGCUGAGUUGCAUAUUGAGACAUGAUAAGAGGAGGUCAGAGUGUGACCAGAGGUGGCACUGGGCACUUCUUGUAUAUCUCAGGUCACAGGAAACUAAUGCAACUUAUUUCCUGAUGCGUUGGCUUGGCUUACAUUACUGCACCUGAAGCUGGUUACUUGUUACAAAGCCCUUUUGAAGUGUGCUACUCUUCUAUCCCAUUUAUCAAUAAUCUUGUAUAAUAUCCCAGCACAGAUACUUUUCCAGCAUGGAUUCAUUAUCUCCUAGAGUUCUUUCCUUUCCAUUUUGCAGGACCCUAAACACUUCAAAUCAGAGAAGACUGGGAGAGGCCUAUUAAAAGAAGGCUGGAGAGACACUCAAGAGCCCAUCAUGUGUUCCUACAAACUGGUGACUGUGAAAUUUGAAGUAUGGGGACUUCAGACUCGAGUGGAGCAGUUCGUUCACAAGGUGAGUGAAAGACAGUGUCCCAGUCUCUCUUGCCAUCCUGUUCUGUACGUGAAUAUGAACAGAAACAGCAGUGUGUAUAAGCUAGGAAGUUGAUGUACAGAUCUGGUUUCAGUGUUUCCAAUUACGAACUCUGUCCAUAAAUUUAGCCAGGGAUUUAAUGUGUAAAGCAUCGCAGAUUUUGAAAUAGUUUGCAUGUCAUCAGUUGAAACCAAUUUAGUUGCUACAAGAUCCUCAACCUCCUUCAAAGGAGAACUCUUUUUUUAAAAAAAGCAGUGCAAACAAUUACAAGGCAUGAAAUAAUUUGUCAAUUUAUUCUAAAGAAAGAUAGAACGCUUCUGUCGCAAUAAGGACAAUUUCCAUGCAAAUCUGCACUCUUCUUAAUCGUAUUACAAUCCCAUUUAUCUCAGUGAGACAUGUGUGGCUAUAUCUUGAUCUACAUGACUACACAUAAUAUGAGGUCUAUGCAUGAGAAUCCAUUUAUAAAUCUACCUGUGUAUGAUGUCCAGAAAAAAGAAUGCCAGGAGUCAAAAGGCAAUAAGGAGAAAAAAGCAACAUCCAGAAGUCAAUGUUAACUAUGGGUGUGUUGUGUGUGUGUGUGUGUGUGUGUGUGUUUGCUACUAUCAAUAAGCUAUAAUCUGAAGCCAUGGUUUUUUGUUGGCCUAUUAACCUUGGUUUGUUUUAACAUUGGCUUGAUAUGUGAACCCAGCAUCCUCCCUUAACCAUGGUUUGUUUGGCCACCAUAAUCUACACGUACACCAGGCUAUGAAAGCAUGAGACAAGGGGGACUUUAAAACAUGCAGACCUUUGUAGAAACAAGCCAUCAUCUCUAUGACAGCUUGUGGUUAACCUGUGGUUUGUUGGACAAUCAGUUGUCGUCACCAUGAUGCUGUGAUCAUACAGCAUUGUGAUGGAUACAGCCAGCAAGGUGAAAUGAGCAGAACGUUAGGCCGGGAUCAGGGAGAUCCAAGUGCAAAUUCCUAUUCAGCCGUUAAAUUUACUAAGUGGCCUUGGGCAAGCCAUUAUCUCUUUGCAUGCUGUCGUGAACAUGAACUAGGAUAACCCCAUCCUGAGUUCCUCGGGGAAAGCAGGAUACAAAUGCAGUUGCUAUUCCCCCCCCCCCCAUGUUAAUAUUGUGAAGCAUGAAUGUAAAUAAUUCUCAGGCUUCUUUUUAUCCACUGCGAUCGGGAGCUCUAGUUCCUAGCAUCUGGAUUCCUAUGUAAUAAAAUUCAGACUGCAUGUGCCGGGAGUGCAGACAGGCAGAAAGUCCCUGCCAAGCCUAAUCAUCGCCAGAUGCUGUAUGCUCUGCAAUUCCACAGCUGAGAUGGGCAUAGUGAGCACAAUGCAAGUGGGAAGUCAGUCCCAGUCCAGCCCAGCUGCCAGUGGCAUCAACAUGCUCUGAUGCGGGGCAUGCAGCUAGGAACUGCUGGGGUGGUAGCCCCAACACCGCACAGUCGCCACUGACAGCUGCAUGCUCAGCAGGGAUGCAGCUGAUAGUGUUUCAGUCAGCUUACAAGGGAAAGGCAAGAGGCAAAUAGAUGGGCUACCACUUUUCUCCCUUAUGUUCCACCGGAUUGUGAUGACUCAACUUACAAAGGCAGCCUAACACAUGCAACAGGCGGUGUUUCAGAGAAACCUACCUUGGAGGGCCCGGGUUUCAGAUUCCUACUUUGUACCUACAUUUGCUUCCAGGACCACAUUUCUCCCUGUCUCUGGUGCCACUGUGCAUCAGUCCUUCCUGUCCACUCUUCCCAAGAACUAUCAACCAGCCUGUCAAAGAAGCUUACACAUCAAGAAUGUAACUCCCCUACAUUCUUCUUUUUGUGUCUGAGAGAAACAAACCCUUGAACUAUGUAUAUACUUGCUCAUGCGAGGCUGCUUGUAACUUAUGUACUCAAAAUUCUGCACAUUUUUGUUUAUCUUUGGUUCAAGGUCUAAAACAGGCAAAGAAGAACAAAGUAGGAAAGGAACCAUUGCAGAUUAUAACAUGGGAUGUGGAAUCUAUAAGAGUAAUAUUAGAAAGCAAAUGGUCCUCAUUUUCAUUGCAUGCAUGCUUCCUCUUUGGACGCUUGGCAUCUUAGGGCAUGCUCAAAGUGUCCAGAUAAUAAAUUCACAGUUGUAAUGAAUAGUUCUUCCUCAUUUAAAAGACCUUGGAAUUUGCUCCUGUCAGCAAAUUCCUGUAUUCCUUAUAAAGUCUCUGACCUGCUUUUUGAAGAGGGUGUUCUGCAGUGAGUUGUGGCUAGACAACAAUAAAUAAUAAAAGCAGAAAUAACUCUAAAGAAAUUGGCACAUUCCAGGUCAUCAUGUGCAUUGGCAGAGCAUGCAUAAGUCCACCUGUAGUAACCGGGCACCCAGCCGCUUGCCCCUCCCUCACCUGUCUUUGCUUCUCCGGCCAGAACAGGUUUCUUGGGCAAGGCUGGCAAACCCGUUUACUUUUCAGAAACAGGACAAAAUAGCACUGGUAGAGCUGCCACCACUCCCUCGUCCCAGGGUUACCUGAAGCCACAGCUCAAGGGAGUCAGCUAACCCCCAAACUACAAGUUGCUUCCACAAGCUUGCAGGCAGAAAUACUUUGAUACAGCGCAACCAAGAAAUCUAGACGCUGGAAUUAGCCAUUCCCCCGGAUAGGCACACACAACACAAGAAUAUGUCUUUCUUAAGGUUUAUUUUAAAAACAUAAAAACAUGCUAAUAAGCAGGCACUUCAUUUGGUACAUUACAGGUACAGAAAAAUAAAAACGUUGUAUAUUAUAGCUAGCUAUAUACUCACUUCUAUACUCUAAAGCAAAGCUGGGAUAGUUAGAAUCUUUUCAGAAAUCCACAUCCAAAGGUCUCAGAAAAUCUUCAAGGCAAAAGCACAAAGACGAAAAGACGGCUGCUUGGUGGAUAUCAGCAGCCGGGCGAUUCCUUGCGAAAAUGCAGAGCGCGUGCUUCAAGCCCCUUUGCAAUAUCUUUUAUCCAUAAUUUACACGUGGACUUAGGAACCCCAAAACCCAAUCAGAACCCUUUGAUUACAUUUGAAUUCUCCAAUGAACGGCUUGAGGGCUCAUAAUUCUAACUUAUUGCAGCUGAGCCAAUUAAACCUUCAAAACCCAAUUAAGCCUUCAGAACCCAGAUCAAGGGGUUUCCUCCCUUCCCAUGGAGACUGGUAGAACUUAGGCAGAUGUACAUUCUUAAGCAAUCAAGGAUAGAUAGCAGUUCAAAGGAUAUGGUCACAGCUUCGAACACGGGUGUUUAACCUUCAAAUUAGCCCAACAAUUCCUUUCCCAUAGAAGUCCUCUCACGCCCUUGGAGCCAGCGGGUCCACAAAUUAAAGCAACAGGACAGCUCUCAUAUUCCUUACUGGUUUCCCACAAGGCCUCACUCUCCACUUGACCAAAGAAUAGCUACCAGGGGAAUACUAACUUUACUACACCUCCCUCUUCCAGGUCGAAAAAUGGCUCAUGCGUGCAGUCCUGUGUCCUUUGAACACACACACAAUGGUCAUUCCCUGUAUGUAGUUUUUAUUUUUAAGCAGAAAUAUGUAUUGUUUGAAAAAAGAAGAACCUUUAGCACAGUGCUGCAUGUAGCCAACUGAUUUGGCUUUCCCAUGGAGAUUUGAUCCAAGCAUACUGGGGGAUGGUGGGAGAUGCUGACUAUUUCAAACUUCAGGAUGUUCCUGGGAUUCAAAGAGACAGAAAGUUGCGCAUGUUGUAGGUUUAUGAGUCAUGUAGCAAGAAAUGGCAUCGUGCCAUAUCCUCAGUUCCAUCUACUUUCAUGCAAAGUCAGGAAUAAUCUCCCCACCCCAAACCUAGCAAUACAGAGUUGAUCUUCACUUUCAAAUUGCACAUGACGUGGAAGCUUUGCAUGUUGUAUCUCCCUUAGGUUUUAAUCAACGAGAGCUACCAAAGUAGGCUGGCACAGCUCAUUGGGGAAAGUUCUAGCCGCAAGCCACAUUUUAAGCAAUCCUUUACAAAUUCAAGACCCCCAAUCGCAUCCAUGCUCAGAAAAAGGGUCAGUUAUUGGGCUUAGAAUCAAGGUGGUGGGUUGUCUUCUAAACUUUAGUAGAAAAAGCAGUAAGUCUAGUUGGCCUCAACUAGAGCCAGGGCUUUCUCGGCUGCGGCUCCAAUCUGGUGGAACGCUCUGUCACAAGAGACUAGGGCCCUGCGGGACCUGACAUCUUUCCGCAAGGCCUGCAAGACAGAGUUGUUCCACCAGGCCUUUGGUCAGGGCCCAGCCUGACUCCCUCCUCUGGCAACCUGCACAGAACUUUGCUUAACGAUUGCCAUUAAUUUGAUUUUAAUUAAUUUUUAUAAUGAAAUGUUUUAGAAUGUUGGAUUAUUUGAUUGUUUGAUUAUUUGAUUGUUGUUAGCCGCCCUGAGCCCGGCUUUGGCUGGGGAGGGCGGGAUAUAAAUAAAAUUUAUUAUUAUUAUUAUUAUUAUUAUUAUUAUUAUUAUUAUUUCCUCUGAAGUAGGUUAGGUAGAGAAAUACUGACAGGCCCAAGGUCACCCAGUGAGCUUUAUGGCUGGGUAGAAAUUUGAUCCUGAAUUCCCCCCGAAUUAAACCUUUCUAAGCCAGGUUUAGCCAACAUGGUGGCCUCCAGAUUUUAUUGGACUCCAACUUCCAGAAUCCUUAGCCAGCAUUACCAAUGGUCAGUGAUGAUGGGAAUGUACAGUGGUGCCCCGCAAGACAAAUGCCUCGCAAGACGGAAAACCCGCUAGAUGAAAGGGUUUUCCGUUUUUCAAUGCGCUUCGCAGGACGAAUUUCCCUAUGGGUUUGCUUCGCAAGACGGAAAUGUCUUGCGAGUUUUGAGAUUUUUUUUCACUCCCCCCCCCUUUUUCUAAGCCGCUAAGCCUUUAAUAGCCUUUUAGCGCUAAGCCGCUAAGCCUUUAAUAGCCGCUAAACCGCUAAUAGCGCUAAUCCGCUAAUCCGCUAAUAGGGUUGCUUCGCAAGACGAAAAAACCGCUAGACGAAGAUACUCGCGGAACGGAUUAAUUUCGUCUUGCGAGGCACCACUGUAAUCUGACACCGUCUGGAAGGCACCACAUUCUAACCACUAAACCACACUGGGUUGAUUUCUGCCUCAAGCUGUAUAUCCUUGAUGCUAGUCUGUAAUCUUUUUGCCCUUCAGGCCCAGAAUUCAGAACUGAUUCUGAAUGUUUUUCAGUGUCCUCACUACUCUCUGCAUGGAUCAAAACUGCAGAAUACAACAUAGAAAUAGAUGAAGAAGUUAUACAUUUUGGUGUCCUUUAUUUUGUAAAUUUGUUGUAAUAUUUAAAGCAGUGUUUUUGUGUGAAACUUAAAUAAAAUAAAUAGUGUAUCAGGAGUUUAACUGCAGAGUCUCUCCAAUUUGUGCAUGACAAAAGGGGAAAAUAACUCCCCAAUCAGUAUUCUCUCUGUGCUGUUUCUCCUUUGUACUUGCUUGGUGGGAUCAUUUUGCUACAGAUAGAAAAGUUUAGUAAAUAUCUCUUUAUGGUGCACACUGUAAUUCUGUUUCCCUAAGGUACAAGUUGUUCUACUUUUCUUUCCCCUGGGAAAUGCCCAACACUUGGGAUAGGAUAUAAUUUUUGAAGGACACUGGUCUUUCAUAUAUGGAAUGGACAUAAUCAGUUUUAAAAUGAAAGCCAUGUGAAUAUCAUUAGCCCAGCUGCUGAAAAUCUGGGUAUUUGUUGCACCUCUUCCUACCUGUGUCAUCACAAAUCUGUCUGACUGGUCUUUAUGCUGCCUGGCACAGUUUUUGUUGCACUGUUUGUAUGUGCACCUUUCAACAAAUGGGCAUUACAGAAUUGUUGUUGUUUAGUUGUGUCCAACUCUUCGUGAUCCCAUGGACCAGAGCACACCAGGCACUCCUGUCUUCCACUGCCUCCCGCAGCUUGGUCAAACUCAUGCUGGUAGCUUCAAGAACACUGUCCAACCAUCUCAUCCUCUGUCUUCCCCUUCUCCUUGUUCCCUCCAUCUUUCCCAACAUCAGGGUCUUUUCCAGGGAGUCUUCUCUUCUCAUGAGGUGGCCAAAGUAUUGGAGCCUUAGCUUCAGGAUCUGUCCUUCCAGUGAGCACUCAGGGCUGAUUUCCUUAAGAAUGGAGAGAUUUGAUCUUCUUGCAGUCCAUGGGACUCUCAAGAGUCUCCUCCAACACCAUAAUUCAAAAGCAUCAAUUCUUCGGCGAUCAGCCUUCUUUAUGGUCCAGCUCUCACUUCCAUACAUCACUACUGGGAAAACCAUAGCUUUAACGAUACGGACCUUUGUUGGCAAGGUGGUAUUACAAAAUUAGCAGUGACUUUUCUGCUUAUAUUUGGGAAACAGGGAAACCAUAAUUUUUUAAUGUGUCAUUAUGUUUAGAUUGGCAUGGAGGCUCCAUUUGGAUGGUGUUAGAUCUAUUUUAUGCAUUAAGUUAUCGAUUUAUAACAUCACUUCCCAUAUUAUAUCUUGAAGUGAUUUUACAGUAAAAUCAUUAUUUUUAACAUAAUAUUGUUUUGAUAUGUGGAAAUGUUUGCAUAUAUGGGUGGUGACCAUUUUACAUGGGGGUUCCGCUCCUGGCCACCAUUCUGCCCUCUUCCGGGUCCAAAAGGACCCGUGUGUCAGUGGCCAUGCGCAAGUUGGACACACACUAGAUGGUCAUUGCCUAUAUGUAAUCCCCUUUAAUUGUUUUGAUUGUUAACUUCAUUCCAAGAUAGAUACAGACUGGGAUAAAAGAUUCUCAUUUUAAAAGGCUUGUUGAAAAAGGAGGGUCUUCAGUAGGCAUCAGAAAGGCAAAGGAGACUAUCUGAUGUGUGAUGGGAGGGAGUUUCAAAAGGUAGGUGCUGCCACGCUGAAAGGCAAAUUCCUAUAUUGUACAGAACAGAUCUAACAAGAUGAUAUAUGCAGGUGUCCCUCUCCUGCAGAGCACAGUGAUCAAUGGGUGUAUAAGGGGUGGUCGGUUCUUUUACUUAGCCUGGUCCCAAACUGUAUUCACCAGAAAUAGUAACUUGAAUUUAGCUCAGGAGGUCAUCGAACCCAGUGCAGUUCUUUCAGCAGCAGCAUAACAUGUUGGGGGGGUACCUGCGGCCCUCCAGAUGUUGUUGGACUCCAACUCACAUCAGCUCCGUCAGCAAUGUCAAUGUUCAGGGGUGAAGUGGGUAGCAGGCCAUCAAUAUCUAGAGAGCCAAAUGUUCCCCACCUCCAAUCUAGUGCAUAUCUCUGGUAUGAUGCUAUUCCUGUUUGUUUGUUUGUUUGUUUGUUUGUUGUCAGAGAUGUCUUUAACCCUUGUUCUGAUUUACAGGUGGUCAGAGAUAUAUUGCUGAUUGGCCACCGACAGGCUUUUACAUGGGUGGAUGAGUGGUAUGGUAAGUCAUGUUUUCAAAAAUAAACUCACAUGGACAAACAGAUUAUCUAAGGCCUUAUUAACUGCAUGCAAUGCUUUUUUUUCUGCUUUGGUGGUCUUGUUAAGGCAGCCAUAACAAAGCCAUAACAAAGAUUUUGCAAUUCUUUUGGUGCAAUCUUAUGCACGUCUAGUGAGAUGUAAGCUUCACUGAGUUCAGUGGGGCUUAUUCCCAGGUAGAUGCGCAUGGGAUUGCAGCCUCAUACAGAGCUCACACAGAAUGUAUCCUUCAUAACCAAUGUGGCAGAAGGAUUUUUUUUUUUAAGGGACCAGGGCAUGCUCUUUAAAAUUUAAAGAGUGUGGUUCUAAUCCAGCCACUUUUUGUUACUUGGAAUGUAUACAGAAUUGACAGUUGUGGUUACAAUUUUGCAGCAAUGUGUGUUCAGUAUUAUUUAAAAGCAUUCAUACAUAAGGAAAUAGAGAUACGCUGGCAUUAUGUGAAUAGGCUUAAAAGUUACUUAAGUCCAUUAAUUUUAAGGAAUCUACCCUAAAUGCAACUAAUAUUGGAUAUCACUCAUGAUAUGCAUAUAUCACCUGCCUAUGUGUAUAUACAUUAUGUGUAUAUUCAUUUUGGGUGAUAGUCUUGUGUAAAGCUGUCCUAAGACCUUCAUUUUCAGGUUUACCCAGCGAAAUACAAGUAAGCCUACAGAGUUUUGGUUAAAAAUAAAAAAUGGCAAGUAAACUACAGAAAGAUAAGUAUCCAGAUAGAGUUAUACAACUGAAUCACCCCCCAAACUACUGCAAAUAUAGUAGCAGGAGGAAGAAAAUCUAGAAGGGGCUUGGACCACAAUAGAGCUUAACAAGUUCAGUCUUCAAAGCACAGUUCACACGUUAAUCACCCUAGUAGUCUGUGAAAUAAGGAUUAUUAUCUGCAUUUUACAGAUGGAAAAGUGAACAGGAAUGAUUAGGUGACUCGAUCAAAGGAAAAGUAAGUGUCAGAAGGAGGAUUAGUGCUAUCAGCCUUCGUCGGGUAAUUAACACAAAGAUAGAAAGGUGAAGGGUUAUUAGAACUAGUCCAACCCUACCUGUCCAUCCAAUGCCUUGAGAACAUUUCCUCUAUGGAGAAAAACAACAACAAAUCAAGUUAAUUCUGCAGCUCCCUGUUUCUAAACCAUUAUUUUAAACCAUGUUGUCCCACCAUUCCAUCUGAGCUGUGUAAAACUGUUUCCCAACGUAAGGGAUUUCAGGUAUUUCAGCUUGCUUCGUUUUCCAUAUGCAUUAUGUUAUUUAUACAAUAAUAAUGUUUUCAUUAUGAAUAUAAUGUUAAUGUUUUCAGAAAGGAAAACAGAAUUGUUCUACAAGUUUAGGUGAAGCAUUCAUUGGUACAGUUCUACAAGUUAGCGUCUGCACAGGCAUUCAGUGUGAGAGUAAUACUGCGAGAAGGAACUGCUAUGCAGGAUCAAUUCUUAAGAAAGUGGGUUGAGGAAUGGUGCAGUUAACCUGAAUUCAGGCAGUCUCUUGGCCCUGCACCUAAUAUUAGAUUGGCACUGUAAGGGGAUUUUGUCAACCCUUUCUAACAGCUUUGUGCGCAUCUGACAGAUUUUCAGGGACUUGGGACAGGGUUGUAGUCAUCACCCACAGUAAAAGUAAAGGUAAAGGGACCCCUGACCAUUAGGUCCAGUUGUGGCCGACUCUGGGGUUGCGGCGCUCAUCUCGCUUUAUUGGCCGAGGGAGCCGGCGUACAGCUUCUGGGUCAUGUGUCCAGUAUGACUAAGCCACUUCUAGUGAACCAGAGCAGCGCACGGAAACGCCGUUUACCUUCCCGCCGGAGCGGUACCUCUUUAUCUACUUGCACUUUGACGUGCUUUCGAACUGCUGGGUUCGCAGGAGCAGGGACCGAGCAACGGGAGCUCACCCCGCUGCAGGGAUUCGAACUGCCGACCUUCUGAUUGGCAAGUCCUAGGCUCUGUGGUUUAACCCACAGCGCCACCCGCGCCCCUAGAUCACGCGCAGUAGAUAAACUCAGUUUCUAAGUUUUUAUAGUGCUUCAUGCAGAUGAAACCAGACCCCCAGGAAAAACCCCAGAGCCACUGCGAUAGAUGUGAUUUGCCUGUUUGCAUCUAUUGAAUAACGCUCAGGAAGGUCUAGAACAGCUUUCAUGGACUAAAACAUAACUUUAAUUCACAAAUAAGUUCUUAUCCCCAGAAGCACUGUGAUAUAUAGUGCAAAGCCACCCACUUCCCGCAGCAACAUCAUGCCUCUUUAUGUCCAUUUUGUUGCACAUUCACUCUCGAAGCAUGCCCCCAAACAUUUAUUUUUCAUAAAAGUCUCUUCCGUUCCUACCUCUGCCCAAUAACUAGGUUUCCUUUCUCUUCAUUAACUUUGUACAUCAUGCUGCUGAAGCAGAAUAGGAUUCUAAUGGCAUCCUGGCAUAAGGGGAACAUUGCCCCUCCAAAAUAAAAUAAAAUAUACCCACCCUUUUGGAACCAGGAGCACGGCAGUGAGUGAAUAGCCUUCUGUUGUAUUCAUUUUGUAUUUUUAUGUUGUGUGAUCUUCAGAUGAAGGGCAGUAUACAAAUUUUAAUAAUAAUAAUUUCUCCAGCAAACCUGUGCCUAAACUGUUGGUGCAGGAUAAUGGCAAAUUAUUUUAAAUAAUUGGCAUGUUUUAAAUGCUGGGGGCUUUUAAAAAAAAUUGCUGCAGAAGUAAAAUAAAGGAAAGCUUCCUUUCAAGUAAUGAUUAAUUGGUCACCAUAGCUCAAUAUUUCUUAUAUGUUUAAAGCUAGAUAUUUAUAAGGUGUAUAUCAGUCGAUGGUAUCAAACAUUCAGCGGGCCAGUGCAUUGGGAUUUUGCUUAUUCUAAAAAUGUGGAUUUUGUUGUUGCACUGCCCUCUAAACUUCAAUCCUAAACUUGUUCAUUUGGAAGUAUUUUCAUUAUUUCAAUGGUUUUUACUUCCAGAUAAAUAAGCUUAGGGUUUCAUCUUAAUAUGCAAUUAACAUUGCUAUAAGACAACAGUAUUUCAUUAUUAACUGAAGUGCUGCUAAUGAAGAGCAUGUACUUUGCCCAGCUAAAGUGCUUUUGAUCGUGCCAUUUUCAUUGCUUAUAAGCUUCUUUGAUCAACGCUUUAAUGCUCCUUCAUUCUAAGUACACUAAUAUUAAAAUAUGAUAAUCCAUGACUCAUGCCAGUGGUGAUACAACGUAUUGUUAGGACUACAUUCGACACUGUAGAUCUCUGAUUAAUUGGCACUACAUCAGCAAUGGUUUCUUAUACCCAUUUUUUUUUAUUUUAAAAAAAAUAGAAACACCAAAAUGAAUUUUGUCACCUGAAGUAGGCUGCUGAAAUGAACAAAGCUAAUCAGGAGUAUUUGUAUGAAAGGACUGUGAGUUCAGUUCAUUUCUGGUACUGAUAUCCAAUUCCAGGGCUCAGAGUGUGCUCACGAUCAAUCCCUUCAAAAAAUCUAACUGUGAGUCCUUUGCUGCUGGGUGUCAUUGGCAGAUAUUUUGUUGGGGAGGGGGUCUAAUAAAAUUACAAAGUAGAUCCCCUUUAGUAUAAUGUAAGAUCUGUGAAGGUAGCCACUUCACAGUGGAGCUCCUGCAAAACUUUGAAAUGCCUGACGUAUACACACGUCCCAGUGGACCCGGUUUGCAUAUGACUUUCUUGGGUAUCUCUACAAAGCAAAUGUUUAUUUGGAUUUACCUUUCAAAGUGUUUGAAUCCUUUCACUAUUCAUAGGUACUUUCUGCAGUCCUUCACUACACUGCGUAGGGUUGGCUAUGAUUAAGCACUAUACAAAUUGUCGAAAUCCAAAAACACAUAAUCUCUCAAAGCUGAGCUGUGUAGUGUUAAAACAAUGAAGCUACUUUUUUUUUUUUUGUAAAUCGUGUGUCAUUAUACAUAAUGUAGAGUUUUCCUGGCAUGUCUCUGACAAGGUAAGUAAACUCUCGUGCUGUUCCUUAAUCCUUCCUCUUUUUUCCAGGAAAUCUUCUAAAUUUAUUUUAGAAGAUGUUUGCCUCUAGCAAAGCCUGACCCCACACCUUCCUGCCAACCUCACUUGACAAAAACAUCCCAGCUUCCAAGCACCCCCAUUCUGCAAUUAUCCCUUAACUCAACCUUCUUAUACCUUCCUUGGCUGGUUUAACUUAACAAUCUUUAUUAUGAAUCCUCAUAAAGCUAGCCGGCUUCUGCUUUUUGGCUUUUGCUAGAAAGAUAAUUCUCCCUAGACUCUUCCCUUUCAUUCAAGCCUGAAUAGAAUUAAUAGAGAAAACAACCCAACAUCUUGAACUUUUUUCAGAUAUGACUAUGGAGGAUGUUCGAGAAUAUGAGAAAAAUAUGCAUGAAAAAACCAACAUUAAAGUUUGCGAUCAACAUUCAUCUCCUGUGGGUGAAAUAGAGAGCCAUGCCAAAGGAAGUGUAUGUAGCCUCUUUAAAAAUAUUGCCCACCCUCUGCUAGAGCAAAAAAGAAAGAACACAAGUGGUCAGAUUUUGUAUGACAAUGAUUUCUGUGGAAGCAGACUUCGUCAGUGCAAAGGCUCACCUUGAUUUCCUUCUUUGCGCCAUUUUCCCAGUGGAGAAUUAGAAGGGUCAACAAAAGGCUCAGAUAAAAUCUGAGUGGUGAGCCUGCUGUAGAAAUAUCCUCAGCGCAUUUGCCCACCCCCAAAUGUACAACCUUAUCUUAAAAAUCGAGUUCUGAGACAGCUAUGCACAGCCCUGGUUGUUUAACUCCCUAUGAUGCCACAAGACCACUUCUUGCUCCCUCUUCAAAGCAGCUUUCCCCCCAUAUUUUCAAAAAAUGGACUGUUGCAUGUGUGUUUUAAUGCAGACAAGAAACCAAUGUUCACUUGAACAAAUACUGCACUCUUUUGAAAAGGCGCACAUGGCCGUGAACUGACUCAGCGUUUGCUUUGUUUGUUACAUCUGUCCCUGGUAUUGUGAACACAGUGUGAAGCCAGGCUUACAGUCUGGGGAGAUCUGUGUUGCAACUCCUGUUUUGGGAUAUGCCUGUUUUAACUUCAGGUGUAGAUAUCUACUUCCAGUGGAAAAUGAAAUUGUCAGGUUAGAGUCAAUUGGGCGCACCAGGUGACAGAUUUAUACCCGAGUUCCCUGUGCCAGUAACUGGAGCUGUGCUCUCCCCCAAAGUUGGUGGUCUGUUAGAUCAGAACCAGGCAACGCAGAGCCAGAACUUUCCUCCAGAACAGACUGGCUAUGUUUUUGUGCACAAGGAUGGUCUCCAUCCACUGAAAUUAUUGGGGAAGUUUGGGCACGAGAGAUCUCCUGAGCGGUGUGCUGAGCUUCGGUUUGAUUGAUUCAAAGCCACGUGAAUGCUCAUUAAUCAGACAGCAAACGGAAGAGAGCAGAGCUGGGGCAAUUAUCUCAAGUGAGUAAAAUACCGUAUUUUUUGCUCUAUAAGACUCACUUUUUCCCUCCUAAAAAGUAAGGGGAAAUGUGUGUGCGUCUUAUGGAGCGAAUGCAGGCUAUGCAGCUAUCCCAGAAGCCAGAACAGCAAGAGGGAUUGCUGCUUUCACUGCGCAGCGAUCCCUCUUGCUGUUCUGGCUUCUGACAUUCAGAUUUUUUUUCUUUCUUGUUUUCCUCCUCCAAAAACUAGGUGCGUCUUGUGGUCUGGUGCAUCUUAUAGAGCGAAAAAUACGGUACUUGCUUUGAGAAACAGGCAAACGAAUGCCUACUCCCAUCAGUGGCCCAACUGACAGUGUGAAUUAUAGCACAGUGUAGCUGCUCAGCACCACUCUCAACUGUUACGAUCACGGAUUUCGAUUCCCAUGGGACUCUGCCACAUCUUCAAUUCCCACUCUGCUGCCUUUUGCCGAUCAUGUGUUUGGGUGUCAGUUUCGCCAUUAAUAUCAAGUGAUUCUAGCAGCCUCAUAAUAUUGAUACCAGUGCAAUCUGCACUCCCCUAGUCUUUUACCAAUAUCCUUCCCAUAGAAGUGAUGAGUAGCUAAAGUUAAUUAGAAGGUUGUCUAGCCUGCUGAUAGGCCUUGAGGCAUUUGACUAUAACAGGUCUUUUCAAAAGAGCUUUUGCUUGGGAGCAGUGGUACGUAUAAUUAAUUGGGGGGGGGGUUGUACCCUGUUUCAGCUUCUCUUCAGGCUUGUCCACACUGGAGUUUAUUGUGUGCUUGCAUUCCCAUUUAAAUUUCCAUAAUCCACAUGACAUUACCCUCAAGCAACACCAAUCUCAAUGCUUUUCUCCUGUAAUUUCAGAUCUGGGGUUAAUCCAGUAAGGUGGGGGAAACCAGGUUCCCUACCACUCCAUUUGGGGUUGCAGACAGUUUGUUUUGGUGAUUUGGGCUGAGUGGAUCAGUCAUUACUUUCUGCCACUCCUCUUUCCUUGGCCACUAUUUCGUCAGUGCUUUCAUUUAUUUUCUGGCCAUGCUACCAAGAGGAACAUAGCCAUAAUAUAUAUAUUGAUCCAUCAGAUGUGCACAAAACCAGAAAACUGCACACACCACAUAAAAAAAUUAUGCACUAGAUAACUGUGCAGCUAUGUGAAAAGUAUGCGCUGAGGAUUUAGAAUUGCUUUUGUUUCUUUUCCAGCAUGCUAAUAACCAGCAUGUCUUGCAUGCUCCUGGACAGAGGAGUGUAGCUUUGUUUUUUUCUUUUGAUCCCUCAGAUUUGCACUAAAUAAAGGUAUGUGCUGAGCAUUUACAAUUGCCUUUGUGCUUAUGCACAUUUCCUGGGUGGAGGGAAUUAAAAAGAGAGAAGUGUGUAUGCAGCUAUCUCUGCCCUGGUACUUAAUUGACAUAAUAUAAUCAAUAGAAUAAAAUUAGAAGGUGGGGGCGAACACAAAAGGGAGUGACUACUGGUAUGAAUAAAAAGAAUGAAUUGCUCCUCGUAUUCAAAUUCAGAUAUGUGUGGAUAUGGCCUAGUCUGGUCUAAUUUUAGUGGAUUGACCACUACACAAUGCUCAAAUGUGGGCAAGCUCUGAGUUUCCUUCAUGUGAGUCCAUUUCAUUGAAGAAAAGCUGAAACUGAAACCAAGCUGGGUUUUGCGUUGAAUAAACAAACCCUUUGCUAGUAUUCAAAACAGCAACCUGGAUUUGAGGCAUGCAAAUCUCAGAUGACCUUUUGCUGAACCCAUCUUGAAUUUUGUAUCGGUAGAGGGGAAAUACAGUAACCAGAAAGAAUUGUGCUUUGGAAUUUUCUAGGAGGGAAAACUUUAUUUACGGUGAAGUACCUCUGCCCUCUGGUGGAACUGGGCAGCAGUGCCUAACUGAUAUUUGAUUAAUUUGUGAAUGAAAACCCAAAGCCUUUCACUGUGAAAAGAAGGACAUGUUCCAUGGCCUGGUUGCACGUGCUUUGCAUCAGCCAUUUUUUUCAGCAGUGUAAUUCCUUCGGGUCUGAACUCACCAGCUGGAUUCUUAACAGGUUCAUCACUGGAAUGAAAACAAGACUGGAAUGUUUUCUCAAACACAGAUUUUUCUAACUUAGAGUGUUUCCAGACAGGGGUUUAUUGUGGAAUUGGUGCUGCUCAUGUGCAUGUUUGGUUUUUUCCCAGUGCCCUUAUGACAUCAUCAAAAUUCCAGCUCAUACUUUUUUCCCUUUUCCUUUUUUACAUUUAAUCUGGCUUCCACUUUAGUGUGGAAUAUCCAACAAGUAAAAUAUAUAUGCAGUGGUACCUCAGGUUACAUACGCUUCAGGUUACAGACUCCGCUAUCCCAGAAAUAGCGCUUCAGGUUAAGAACUUUGCUUCAGGAUGAGAACAGAAAUUGUGCUCCGGCAGUGCGGCGGCACCGGGAAGCUCCAUUAGCUAAAGUGGUGCUUCAGGUUAAGAACAGUUUCAGGUUAAGAACGGACCUCUGGAACGAAUUAAGUACUUAACCCGAGGUACCACUGUAUACAAAUACUGCUGGUGUAGAAGCUCAUUAGCACAUUUGGUCUGGUGGUUGGUUUGUAAUAGGUGUGGUGAUGUUUCAGUGGAUACCAUUUAGCACUGCACUUCUCCUUCCUAGCCUAGCCAUUUUGUUUAAAAAGGUAAAGGUAAAGGACUCCUGGCAGUUAAGACCAGUCGCAGACGACUAUGGGGUUGCAGCGCUCAUUUUGCUUUACAGGCUGAGGGAGCUGGCAUUUAUCCGCAGACAGUUUUUCCAGGUCACGUGGCCUGCAUGAAAGAAGAAGAGGAGGAGGAGGAGGAGUUUGGAUUUGAUAUCCCGCUUUAUCACUACCCUAAGGAGUCUCAAAGCGGCUGACAAUCUCCUUUCCCUUCCUCCCCCACAACAGAGCAGAGCAGUGCACAGAAACGCCAUUUACCUUCCCGCCAGAGCAGUAUCUAUUUAUCUACUUGCACUUUUUCGCAUGCUUUUGAACUGCUAGGUUGGCAGGAGAAGGGACCGAGCAACGGGAGCUCACCCCGCUGCAGGGAUUUGAACCGCCAACCUUCUGAUCGGCAAACCCAAGAGGCUCAGUGGUUUAGACCCCAGUGCCACCCGCGUCCCGAGCCAUUUUAUUUACAGCAUCCCAAAUGAUAUGAGCCUGUGUGUUAAAAAAUAAACAUAACCAAAUAGAAAUGGAUACACCUCCUUCCUUGGAGGUUUUUAAGCAGAGGUUGGAGGGCCACCUGUCAUCAAUUCUUUAGCUGAGAUUCCUGCAUUGCCAGGGUUUGGACUAGAUGGCUCUUGGGGUCCCUUCCAACUCGACAUGUUGUCCAUUGUGAAACAUGCUAACUAAGGCUGGUAACAUUUGCUCUCAUGCUGUUCCUGGGAUUUUAAUUUUCUGGAUGUCCAUGGACAGAUAUGCUGGUAUAUGGGGCAAUGAAAACCUCCAGACAACGUUCCAUCAAAAUCUGUCCGCUGGUGCGCAUUGCAAGUGAUAGAAUAGCAAGGAAUAGUCACUAAUGAAAAAACGGGAACUUGUGAAAGCUCAUUUGCCAAUUGCGCACAUGGGAAAAUCAAACCUGAACAAUCCACUGGCAGUAUAUCGCCCCUCUCUGGAAGCACCCUUAAAGCAGGUCUCAAAUGAAUCAUCUGUUGUCACUGAGAUUAUUUACCAUGUAACUGGCUAGACCAGAUGGACUUCCAAGUUUCCUUUCAACUCUGUAUUACCUUGGUUUGAGUGUUUUUUAACAAUCCAUAAAGGAACAAACUUAAACAGAGAUGGAAAAGGAUUCUCAUUGUUUCAUUCAUAAUAAUCUCAGCUUCUUUUUGGUGGUCGUGAUCUAAUUAAUUUUCUGUAUGAAUAUGCCAUGUACAGGGCAUUGUAUAGAGACACUUUCAUGCCCUUUAGAAGAGGAAGGUAAUGAUGAUGAUGAUGAUGAUGAUGAUGAUGAUGAUGUUACCUAAGCCUAGUGCUUAUGAGAUAGUUGAGAUACUGAACAUGGGCCCAAGCUGGUGGGGACUCACCUGAUAAACUACCUCAGUGUGAAUAUUAUCAUGAUCUGCUAAAAUUGUUCUCCUUGGAAUCUAUGGCGUUUUGUGGAGGUUUGUUUUAUAUGAAAGAUUUUUUAAUCUCGUGAGCUUCCACCUCCAGUUUGAAGUGGUACAAUCCAUAUACAGCUGGAGCAAUAAAUGAAGUGAUUUAUAUUCUCCUUUUAAAACCACCAGCUUUCCAACUGACUUUAAUGAAGUCUGCACCUAUUGGGUAAAAAAUAAUUGAUAAAAUAUUGUGUUCUAUGUAUCUUAAAUGACAUGUUUUUUGGAAAUAAUCUAAUAGAUACAGUGUGUCACGCAAAUAAAAAUGGUUCAGUGACAAAGCUUAGCUGAUAAUAUAGAAAAUUAGAGUUGUCUGACCAUCUGAUCUUAAACAGUUACACCAGAGUUGAAGAUAGCAUGCUAUUCAGUGUAGUGUAUCUAUGAUAUUCACAUGAUCAGUUGUUUUUAUAAAGUAACCAUCAAGGCCUAUCUUGAGCCUCUAUUUGCAAAAAUAACAUUUUAACAUCAGUUCACUAGAUGGAAAUAGCUAUUAAAGAAGCAAUGGUUUGCUUGCUCUGGGCUAGAAUUUGAAGCCUGCUGCAUCUUCCAUUUAUAUGUGAAUUCUGUCCAUGUUGGAGCAAGGACAGACAAGAAUAUAAACAGUGGAAUUGCCCAAAAUUCAUAGAAACAUACACCUAAAUUUUGGUAUCAAUGUGAGGAAUUACUUUUCAGUGUCGGCAGCUCCAAGAACGAUACGAACAGUGCCUGAAAUGUGCCUCCUGAAAUUUCAGUGGCCAGUUGUGAAAUUCCCUGGCAAUAGCUUCCCUUCCCUUUCGAGUUCUAAUGCACUGGAAUAACAAUGGUCAUGCAGACUAGCAUCUUUAAAAAGCCUGGAACAAACAUGUGCAGUGGUUCUAACAUUAAUUUGUCUUUCUUCCUUUUCUUCUCAUUGAAGACAUGACUAUGGAUGAAGUCCGGGAAUUUGAACGUGCAACUCAGGAAGCCACCAACAAGAAAAUUGGGAUCUUCCCUCCUGCAAUAUCGAUCUCUAAUGUCUCCCUCCCUUCUUCAAUCCGCAGUGCUCCUUCUAGUGCUCCGUCUACACCUCUCUCCACAGAGGCGCCUGAAUUUCUAUCAGUUCCCAAAGACCGGCAACGGAAAAAAUCUGCCCCAGAAACUCUCACCCUCCCAGAUCCAGACAAAAAAGCUCUCUAA